UACCUGUUCCAUUCUGACGCCCAAGGUUCUGUCCUACCCAGCACCGUCGCCAGGUGAGUUAGCGAAUCCCCGGGUUGGUACGUGUGGGCGGUGUCCAAGGAAUCCGUUAUCUGCAGUGAUGCUGAAAAUGUAAUGGAGAGAGUGCGUGUGUCAUUUGUCAGUAUUCACUGAGUCUAACUGCAUCUCUAUAGUAAAUACAUUCUAAGGAAUAGCAAGGGAGAGAGAGAAAGAGCUCUUUCUUAUUAACCACAGGGCUAGGGCCAUAGAAUGUGCCCUUAAAAUUUGAUGUGUUGAAAAGGUUAUCUGAUACGAGUGGAGAGGUGGACAUAGAGACGGGAUCAAUCAUCUAACUGCAUCUCUAUAGGUCAGUGUGUAUUUAAAAUGAGAAACCAAACAUGUGUUUUGUUUUGCUUCUUGUCUAUGGGCUAAUAAAUAGUUUGGUUAACCAGGCAACAUGACCCAGUGAGGAAAUGCCUGUCUGAUCCUUCAUUAGUGCUGCUGUGGGACUUUUUUAGGUGUUCUGAUGUCGUUUCUGAUGUUGACACAACAGGGUAGUAGUAAGAGUUGCCAAUCUGCAGACUAGUCUUGAGGUGUAGCUAAUUUAUACACAGCCAUACACGCUUAGAAAAAAAAGGUACUAUUUAGAACCUAAAAGGGUUCUUUGGCUGUCCCCAAAGGAUAACCCUUUGAAGAACCCUUUUGGUUCCAGGUAGAACCCUUUUGGGUUCCAUGUACAACCCUUUACACAGGGGGUUCUACUUGGAACCCAAAAGGGUUCUCCUAUGGGGACAGCCGAAGAACCCCUUCGGAACCCUUUUUUUCUAAGAGUGUACUGCUUAGUCAUAUCGAGGUUAGGUAUGCACUACACAGUCAUGGUACACUUUGGGGACAUAUUUUUAUUUAUUAUGAAAGUAAAACUUAAUUGAUAUGACUAUUAUUAUUACAAAUGAUAUUGUUUAUAGUAGUGGUAGGCUAGUACAUUACUGUAUAUAGAAAUAGCAGCAGUAGCUGCUGGUAGCCUAUAUCUGUUUGUGCUGGACUAGAUUGUUGUCUUUUGGAGAGUUCCUUGGGAUGGUAUGGAAUUCGAAAAAUCUGUAUUUGCCUAUCUAAUUUGAUGAAAUACUAUUUUUAAAUUGAAACGUAUACCUUAAACAACACUUGGCUUACACUAUAUAAUUUAGUAGAAUGCAUUAUUUAGAAACUAUCAUCAAACAGGAUAAUAUCCAACAAACCCACAUCUCCCAGUUAAAAAACCCACAUCUCAAAAAAAUGUCUUCUUUACAACCCAGUAACCAACUCAACAUUGUGUACUUUAGAGUGAGAAUAUGAGGGUGCUGACUGGCUGUAUGUGCUGGGUGCACAUUGGCUGACUGGAGGUGAGGAGUUUAGGAGGCAGGAGAAACAACUAACAGUAGCAAAGUCCACAUCUGCUUCCAAUCGAGCAAGAACAAGAAGCUGCUGUGUCUUAAACUGAAUAUGGGCUCAAGCUGUCACUCAACUCCCUACCAGCCACUGAGCCAGCCACAUAACUGCUCUCUUCACUCAUUCCGAAUGUGUCACUCACUCUCCCUUCCUCUCCCACCUCUCUCUCCCCUCUACAUCUUGCUCCCUCCUUUGCUUUCUAUCAGCCUCCCCCGUGUGCCUGAGACCCCUGUUAAACUCAAACUGGGAAGAAUGUUUUAACUGUCAGGACUUACCCCUUGGAGAUCCUUCGGGUUACGCAGAUUUUUUACUUAUAUCAUAAACAGAUAUCCCAUAGAGAAAUGUAGGCCUACAGCUAACUCACAGUGUGCACACUCUUCCUCCAUACCCCCCCCCUCCUUAUUUCCCCCCUCUCAUCUCCCCUAGCCCCAGGUAGACGUUUCUCUUAGGCACAGAUCUAGAGACAGCUCAAUCUUCCCAAAUCCUGAUCUUGAUGAUUACAGGGAAAACGCAAACACUGACCUUCAUACAUUUUAUUUUUUGGCCAACCCAUCUGGUUUACCCAUUCCUCCUUCUAUGCGGCUUAUUCUGGAGCUGGUUCACUCACCUUCUCUCCUCUCUUCCCCAGUUUCUUCCUCCCUGAUGAGGCUCUGCAUGGUCUGGUAGCGGUGCUAAAUGUAAAAAGAGGAAGUCACCAUGCAUGUCCCAACAGGGGUUCUACAGCUACUGUGCUUUACUUCCUCAGAGAAGCCACACCACUCCAUUCAAUACAGCUCCUCUGCCUGUGACUUCACUGUGACUCACUAAUAUGGAUACUGUGUGUUAGCGCUAAUGUUAGUGUAUUACUUUUACCCCCACCCCUCUCUCCAUUCUUAUUCCAGUAGCGGUGUGUGUGUGUGUGUGUGUGUGUGUGUGUGUGUCCCCCGGUUGUUUGUAUUGAGAGAUAGUCACCUGUUUCUCAGGUACAGGGUUCUCACACCCCUUGCUUCCACAAACACUGCAGGAGAUAGCAAGAGAAUGCCCAAAGACAAGAGUAAUGUCCAACCAGGCAGUGAGUGCUUGUCUAACAGCUAUGCAGGAGCUGCUAAUUGCAUUAAGAAUUGAGUGGUGUGUCUCUGAAAACAAAUAGCAGAGAAUGUGUUUUAUAUAAAGUAGGAAACCAGAAUAAAAGUAAUCUGCACUUCCAGGGAGCCACAACCCACACAGUAGAACUGAUAUAAUUGAUAGUUCACUGUGAACUCAGGGCGUAUGGGGGCCGGUGUAAGGGAAGUAUGGAAGUUGCAUUAGUGGGAUUACUCCCCAAGGGUGAGCACUGACAUCUAGGCCUGUUAUUUUGGGCUUGUCAGCAACAUAUGCCACAUGGUUUUUGAAAAGUUUCACAUAAGAUCUGUAGAAAGAAUGUACAUAUCUUCUUCCAUACUAUUUUAGCUACUCCCAUGUGAUGAAGAAUCGUAUGCAGAGCUCAAUCUGUUUAUUUUCAUACCUACACUGAACAAAAAUAUAAACGCAACAUGUAAAGUGUUGGUCCCAUGUUUCAUGAGCUGAAAUAAAAGAUCCCAGACAUUUUCCAAAUGCACAAUACCACGGAUGUCUCAAGUUGAGGGAGCUUGAUAUUCACAUGCUGACUGCAGGAAUGUCCACCAGAGCUGUUGGCAGAUAAUUCAAUGUUAAUUUCUCUACCAUAAGCCGCCUCCAACGUCAUUUUAGAGAGUUUGGCAGUACAUCCAACCGCCCUCACAACCGCAGACCAUGUGCAUGGCGUCGUGUGGGCGAGCGGUUUUAUUGAUGUCAGCGUUGUGAACAAGAGUGCCCCAUGGUGGCAGUGGGGUUAUGGUAUGGUUAGGCAUAAGCUACGGACAAUGAACACAAUUGCAUUUUAUCGAUGGCAAUUUGAACGCACAAAAAUACUGUGUUGAGAUCCUGAGGCCCAUUGUGAGGUCCAUUUAAAAAAAAAAGGUGUUUGUGACCUACAGAUGCAUAUCUGUAUUCCCAGUCAUGUGAUAUCCAUAUAUUAGGGCCUAAUUUAUUUAUUUCAAUUGACUGAUUUCCUCAUAUGAACUGUAACACAGUAAAAUCUUUGAAAUUGUUGCAUGUUGCGUUUAUAUUUUUAUCCAGUAUUGUAGAAUAGAUCUUAUUUUUCUUUUGUCAAAUGUGCUAUAAUUGCUUGAUUACAGCUCCAGUAUUUAGCAUCCAAUUACAUAGUAUACUGUAUGGAAUUCACAACUCAUACCAUUACAUAAUGUAGAAUUCCACCACCCAUAUAGACACUGUAUCAGUCCAUUCAGUGCAGUGGAUUAACAGGGGAAUAUUAAAGUGAACUGAAUGUUUUUCUUAAUGCCUAAUUAGAGUGUAUCUGUUGGUAAGGGCGCUGCUGUGUCGGUUAGGUAGUAGUGGGGCACACUGAGGCAUCUUUGUACCUGCACACAUGCACUUGAUUACAGAAGGAGGCUACUAAAACAUAUUUCUAGAGUUCUGCACUGGGUCUCAGAGGGGACUGAUCAAGACCACAAUGCAUAAGGGUCUCUCUGAGCUGGAUGUGGGCUCUUUGCAAGGUCCUGAUCUCUCCAUCUUUGUGUCUCUCUUAAUAAACCUCUGUCUACUCCUUAAUUUGCUCUCACUUGCUAGAUUUCCAUCCAAUUGGUGACAGAUUGUCAUGCAAAUAUACUAAAAUCCACAUAAAAACAACAUGUGUUUCCAUCAAAUUGUCUUGUUGCAUAUAAAAAGCUGUGCGUGAUGACGUAGUGCACUUCAAAUACCUUUUGUGGUUCAAUUUCCUCUUACCGAAAAAAAAAUAAAAAGCAAAAUGGGUUUCCAUCGCAUUUUCAACUCUACUGAUGCUAUUGGCUUGUCCGCUCUAGACAACAGUGCUAUCUGCACGCUGUUGGAUAGAGCGCACAUAUAGCCUACGUGAUGAGAUUAUUAUUAUGGACAAAAGAGCAAGCCAAGCAUCGAUUAUCAUGUCACCAUAUUAAGACCCUUAAUAUUUAUUGGAAGGCGCAUCAAGCUCAUCACCUUGCACUUUCACCACCCUGUGAAGUUAAUAAUUGAUUUCAUCUGUAGCCUAAUAAACUGCAUGCUUUCUCGACAAGUCGUAGUGGGAGGACCACACAACAUAUCAUCGAGUGACUCCAAGUUUACUUCGAUAUGAUGGUUAUUAUAUCAAUAUUUGUGCAUAAAAGUGUUUCCACCAACAUUUCUCACAUAAUUAAUUUUACAGACACAAAAAAAUCCCAAGUAGGCAAAGCACACUGCACAGUUGUUGUCUUUGAUGUGAUGUCUGCCUACGCUCUCUGAGGAAGUUGCUUCCAUUGGGCAUUCACAAAUUGACCAAAAUGAGGCCAAUGAAUGACAACAACUACUCUUCGAGGUACAGUUAUCUGAGCGAUAACGAUAAACUUCACCAGGACACCUCUCUCAGGACUGAAGAAGAGAAGUCCCUUUUAUAAUGCCUGUUUGAAUUGACAGCAUGCCUUUCGCAGAUUAAUCCUUUGUGUAGCCGUCUAUUAGGAUAGGAAUUACUCCUCUAUACCUCCGCCAUCUGUUUGGUGUCAAGAUUUUUAUCAUAGGGCUGGGCAGGAAUGUGCUAGUGGUAAAGUACUGUAGAUUACCUGUUUUGUUCUGUGUUCUCUCGUUGCAGUGCAGUUUGAAGCCUGCCUAAACUCAGCUCUAACCCAGCCCCGAGAGGUCCGGCUCCCAGACCAACGCCCUGAACAUGAGAGAGCUGUGUGUCUGUGUGUCUGUCCUGCUAGCUUUGGCCACCCAGGCCGCGGCUAGGCCUAAAGCAGGUUAGCCAAGUCCAACUGUGAAGUAAUAAAAAGACCAUGAAUGGAUUGCAGUUCAGCCCACAUUCAAUUGCUUCUUGCAUCUUAUAUCUUCUUCCAAGAUCAAAUCAAAAUGAGAACUUGCUUUGCAAGGAAGUUAAUGAAAUUAAUACAAAAUUACUGUUUAAUUGUAUGCUUAUGCCGUAGCUAAUGUGAUAUUCAUGAUUUCCCACUCUGGCUUCACACAUUCUCACAUCGCCUAAACCAGGACCGGAGCAGAAGUGCAAGUCCGGCCCAGUGGACCUGGUGUUCAUUAUUGACGGCUCUCGAAGUGUGCGGCCCCACGAGUUCGAGACCAUGCGCAAGUUCAUGAUUGACAUCAUCCACACUCUGGACGUGGGGGCGAACGCCACCCGGGUGGGCGUGGUGCAGUACUCCAGCCAGGUCCACAACCUCUUAUCAACUUCACAAUUUAUCCUUGUGUUUAUACACAUUAGUGAAAAACUAUGCUUGGAAAGGGAGGAUCAUUCUUGCCUUGAAAUUCUUAGCUUGGCUUCCCUUUCCAAUUGUAGUUCUUGUAAAGGCUAAAAGCCACUGGUGAAGACUCAGUUGUACCUAAAUAGAGAUAGCUAGACAUGCAAACCCUGCAGAUGAAGAGAUGACUGAUGCUUUGCAUGCUUCUAUGACUCUAGGUCCAGAACGAAUUCUCUCUCAAGACCCACGGCAAGCUGCAGGGCAUGGUUAAAGGCAUCAAUGAGAUCAUCCCCCUGGCACAGGGCACCAUGACAGGCCUGGCCAUCAAGUACGUCAUGAACCAUGCCUUCACGGCAGCCGAGGGUGACCGACCCAAGGUGCCCAAUGUGGCCGUCAUUGUAACGGACGGGCGGCCCCAGGACCGCGUGGCGGAGGUGGCAGCCGAGGCUCGAGACAAGGGAAUCGAGAUCUAUGCGGUGGGUGUCGCCCGGGCGGAUAUGACCUCGCUGCGUGCCAUGGCGUCACCGCCCUACGAGGACCAUGUCUUCCUGGUGGAGUCUUUUGACCUGAUCUACCAGUUUGGCCUGCAGUUCCAGGACAAGCUCUGCGGUGGGUUGGGUCGAUAAGUGAUAUUAUCGAAUUAUCGUCAAACGUACAGUUGAAGUCGGAAGUUUACAAACACUUAGGUUGGAGUCAUUAAAACUCGUUUUUCAACCACUCCACACAUUUCUUGUUAACAAACUGUCGGUUAGGACAUCUACUUUGUGCAUGACACAAGUAAUUUUUCCAACAAUUGUUUACAGACAGAUUAUUUCACUUAUAAUUCACUGUAUCACAAUACCAGUGGGUCAGAAGUUUACAUACACUAAGUUGACUGUGCCUUUAAACUGCUUGGAAAAUUCCAGAAAAUGAUGUCAUGGCUUUAGAAGCUUCUGAUAGGCAAAUUGACAUAAUUUGAGUCAAUUGGAGGUGUACCUGUGGAUGUAUUUCAAGGCCUACCUUCAAACUCUGUGCCUCUUUGCUUGACAUCAUUGGAAAAUCAAAAGAAAUCAGCCAAGACCUCCACAAGUCUGGUUCAUCCUUGGGAACAAUUUCCAAACGCCUGAAGGUAUCACAUUAAUCUGUACAAACAAUAGUACGCAAGUAUAAACACCAUGGGACCACCCAGCCGUCAUACCGCUCAGGAAGGAGACACGUUCUGUCUCCUAGAGAUGAACGUACUUUGGUGGGAAAAGUGCAAAUCAAUCCCAGAACAACAGCAAAGGACCUUGUGAAGAUGCUGGAGGAAACAGGUACAAAAGUAUCUAUAUCCACAGUAAAACUAAUCCUGUAUCGACAUAACCUGAAAGGCUGCUCAGCAAGGAAGAAGCCACUGCUGCAAAACCGCCAUAAAAAAGCCAGACUACGGUUUGCAACUGCACAUGGGGACAAAGAUCGUACUUUUUAGAGAAAUGUCCUCUGGUCUGAUAAAACAAAAAUAGAACUGUUUGGCCAUAAUGACCAUCGUUAUGUUUGGAGGAAAAGGUGGUUACUUGCAAGCCGAAGAACACCAUCCCAACUGUGAAGCACGGGGGUGGCAGCAUCAUGCUGUGGGGGUGCUUUGCUGCAGGAGGGACUGGUGCACUUCACAAAAUAGAUGGCAUCAUGAGGAAGGAAAAUGAGGUGGAUAUAUUGAAGCAACAUCUCAAGACAUCAGUCAGGAAGUUAAAGCUUGGUCGCAAAUGGGUCUUCCAAAUGGACAAUGACCCCAAGCAUACUUCCAAAGUUGUGGCAAAAUGGCUUAAGGACAACUAAGUCAAGGUAUUGGCGUGGCCAUCACAAAGCCCUCAAUCCUAUAGAAAAUGUGUGGGCAGAACUGAAAAAGCGUGUGCGAGCAAGGAGGCCUACAAACUUGACUCAGUUACACCAGCACUGUCAGGAGGAAUGGGCCAAAAUUCAUCAAACUUAUUGUGGGAAGCUUGUGGAAGGCUAUCUGAAACGUUUGACCCAAGUUAAACAGUUUAAAGGCAAUGCUACCAAAUACUAAUUGAGUGUAUGUAAACUUCUGACCCACUGGGAAUGUGAUGAAAGAAAUAAAAGCUGAAAUAAAUCAUUCUCUCUACUAAUAUUCUGACAUUUCACAUUCCUAAAAUAAAGUUUUGAUCCUAUCUGACCUAAGACAGGGAAUUUUUACUAGGAUUAAAUGUCAGGAAUUGUGAAAAACUGAGUUUAAAUGUAUUUGGCUAAGGUGUAUGUAAACUUCCGACUUCAACUGUAUAUGUUCAGCAAUAUGUGUGACAUAAGCAAUUAUUAAUACACCACUCAGUUUCCAUUAUAUAUCAACGUUUAUUGUUCCAACCAUAGCAUCCCACUUUACAAAUCCCACUUUACUGUUGCUGAAGUGUGUCAAGGUCACCAGUGUUCACAAAUAUUUAUAUUUGUACUUGAGACUUUCAAAGCUUGUAAAAUGUUCCAUUAUCCUCAUAAACUCAACUCAGAAUAAAGCUCUGUGGGAUUUUUAGCUCUCGCUCUUAGUUGCAUCCUUGACAGCACAAUAUCAACCAUCUAAUUCUCACAACAGCAUCACUAGGUUUUGGGAACUUUCAAACAGUAUGAGGAAAUCUUUGAUAUUUCCUAAUGCCAAUAUUAUGAGAGUGAUUAAAGGUUGAAUUGUUGCUUGUCUGCUGGGGUUCCAGGGAUGGAUCUUUGCCUGGAGUCUGAGCAUGGCUGUGAGCACCUCUGUGAGAGCUCCCCUGGUUCUUUCCACUGCCUGUGUCUGCCAGGGUACACUCUCAACGAGGAUGGCAAGACCUGCAAAGGUAUAGGAUGUCAAUGGGGCUAGACAUGAGCCAACUUAAUAAUUUUGUAUUAUUAUUAAUGAACUGAAUAUACCAAACAUUAGGAACACCUUCCUAAUAUUGAGUUGCACCCCCACACACACACUUUUGCCCUCAGAACAGCCUCAAUUUUUGGGGGCAUGGACUCUACAAGGUGUCGAAAGCGUUCCACAGGGAUUCUGGCCCAUGUUGACUCCAAUGCUUCCAACAGUUGUGUGAAGUUGGCUGGAUGUCCAUUGGGUGGUGGAACAUUAUUCAUACACACGGGAAACUGUUGAGCAACCCAGCAGCGUUGCAGUUCUUGACACAAACCGGUGCGCCUGGCACCUAAUACCAUACCCCGUUCAAAGGCACUUACAUUUUGUGUCUUGCCCAUUCACACUCUGAAUAGCACACAUACACAAUCCAUGUCUCAAUUGUCUCAAGGCUUAAAAAUCCUUCUUUAACCUGUCUCCUUCCCUUCAUCUACACUGAUUGAAGUGGAUUUAACAAGUGACAUCAAUAAGGGAUCAUAGCUUUCACCUGGAUUCACCUGGUCAGUCUGUCAUGGAAAGAGCAGGUGUUCUUAAUGUUUUGUAUACUCAGUGUAUAUAAUGUCGGUCACGUGCAUGCAUAGCUGUAACUGGGUCUGGUUCUUGUAUAUAUCAAUGGGAAAUUAGUGAGAAGUUGUGAGCAUGUAGGAUAGGUCAAGUUAGUAUUCAGCAGUUACUGACUUAAUAGCAACAGUGAUUUUUGUCUCUUUGUAUGAUACAGCGAUAGACCUGUGUGCUGAGGAGAAGCAUGACUGUGAGCAGAUCUGUAUCCCCUCCCCGGGAUCCUUCACCUGUGGCUGCAACACUGGCUACACCCUCAACGACGACAAGAAGACCUGCACAAGUUAGUGAAGCCACCGUCAGGCCAAACAAUACAAUGCACUAAAAGCAACAUGAUUAACAUAAUCCUGCCAUCCUGAUGGACAUACAAUACCAGUCAAAAGUUUGGACACACCUACUCAUUCAAGGGUUUUUCUUAAUUUUUACUAUUUUCUACAUUGUAGAGUAGUGAAGACAUCAAAACUAAGAAUUAACACAUAUGUAAUCAUGUAGUAACCAAAAAAGUUUAAAGAAAUGUACUCAAUAGAUAAAUGCGGUCAUAAGACCCAAUCCAAAAGACAUCUCUAAGUCAACACUUAUUGAUGUUAUUCUAAAUAACAAUCUGCAUAAGUACUCGGCCGUUGGUAUUUUUCCUAAUGAUUUAAGCAAUUAUUGUACAGUUGGUUGCAUUAGAGACACUAACAUCCCUGAAGUGCCCCCUCGGUACAUAGUCAAACAAAAUUUUAAGCAGUUCUGUGAGCAGGCAUUCCUGCACAAACUUUAUGCAUGCAACUGGGAUUGGAUUGCAGUUUUUGCCGGACAGAGGAGGCAUUCUCCUAUUUUCAUUCCAUGUUUUCUACUAUCUGUGAUAAACACGCCCCUCUCAAAAAGUACCGGGUAAGCGGUAGAGACAAUCCCUGGUUUAAAGAGGAAUUAUCUGAUUUGAUCCAAAAAACGAAAUAGACAACGGGUCAAAGCCAGAAAGGGUAACUCCCAGGCUGAAUGACUUUAUUUCAGGGCACUGAGAAACAAGUGUACCUUGUUAAUAUGGAAAUGCAAAUCUAACUUCUAUUACGAAUCUACCCAGGCAAACCUCAAUAACCCGACGAAAUUAUGGAAAACCAUUAAGUCCAUGAAUGCUAACAUGAACUCCUCUGGUCUUCCGCUGAAAUUGAACUCAAAUUCAAUCAACUUGACAGACAAGAAUCAACUGCUUGAUAUUUUUUAUGAGCAUUUUGCUAAGGCUUGGCAUUUAUUUGAUAAUGAACUCCAUCCUAACUUCUCGAAUGAGGCUGUGAAUGAAACUGCCGACUGCCGGCCUACGGUUCAUCCAUUUCAUUUUACCGAGAUUGAGCUUUCAGAAGUUGUAAAGGCACUCAAAUCUGUUGAUAUUAAGAAAGUGGCUGGAAUUUAACACUUAAAUAUAUAUAUAUAUAUUAUUGCUGCAGAGAGCAUUGCUCCCUCUCACUCAUAUAUUAAAUCUUUCAUUGGUGAGUAAUACGAUUCCAAAAGUCUGGAACGCAGCCUACGUCAACUCUUUACAUAAGCGUGGAGAUCCGUCCCAGUUGGAUAACUAUUGUCCCAUAUCUAAACUUUCUGCACUGGAAAAUGUUUUGGAAAACCUGGUGAACUGACAGUUGAAAGACUUUCUUUACAAUAACUCAGUUUUAUCUAAAUUCCAAUCGGGUUUUAGGGCCAAGAAUAGUACCAUUACUGUGGUAACUAAAGUUGUAGGUGAUAUUCUAGAUGCUCAGGACAAGAAACCUUACUGUUUCACUUUUUAUUGACUUAUUGAAGGCCUUCGACACUGUUGACACAUGCCCUGCUGUUGUAUAGAUAAAAAAAGGUUGGUUCCAAAACUACCUUUCUGACAGAACAAUGUGUAGCACAGGAGGGUAUGAAAUCUGAGUUUCGAAGUCUUACGAAAGGAGUUCCCCAGGGCUCAAUUUUAGGUCAGAUCCUUUUUACACUGUAUGUAAAUGACAUUGGGAAGACUGUUGACUCUGCUUUCAGGACUUACAGUUGGCUUUUGAUGCUGUUCAAAAGCAACUUUUCGAAUUGAAACUGGUGCUUAAUGCAAGGCAAACUGAAUAAAUUAUAUGAUUUACUCUUCUCUGAAAGUAGAGAGAUGGAGUCACUUGCAGAUUUUAACUCUAAAAGUCCAGCAAAUUGAUAGGGUCACCUCCUGUAAGUAUCUUGGGAUUUGGUUAGAUGAAAAGCUGAAUUUUAAACAGCACAUUGAUAACUUGACCAAGAAACUGAAGUUGAAAUUGGGUUUUUAUUUUAGGAACAAAUCUUAUUUUCAAUUUCAGUCAGAAAGGCUCUUGUUCAAAGCACUUUUUUAUCGGUGCUGGAUUGUGCUGAUAUUGUCUAAAUGCAGGUCUCAGCAAUUACCUUAAACCAGUUAAAUGUAACGACAUGUAAUUGAAAAUGUAAUCUACUGGAACGACUCAAUAGGCGUAGCUGGUAGGUGACUGGUAGGAAGGCAGUGAGGAGGAACAAUGACAGAAGUCCAACACACAGGGGCACAGCUUAAACUAGGCUAGCAUAUUUAUUCAAAAUAAAAGGUUCACAAAGCUGGUUCUCAAAUAUUAACUGAAAACAAAACACUCUCCCACUCUACUUAACUGAACCUAACGAUAGCCUUAACUUUAAAGAAAACUAGCCGGGCUGCUAUCCAGCUUACCAGCUUCACUUGUAGACCGGUCACUUCUUCCUAUGGAGAACACAAUGUUCAGGGAUUCAAACAGAUGUCCCUAGAGCUCUGCCUCUGGCGUCUAGCCCCUGUGCUGAACUAAAGCAGGCUCUUAAAUUUCCCCAGGUGCGUUGCAGCCUAACGAUGCCGAGUGGCCUCAGGUGUGGGCGUAGCCCUGCAGCUUAGUUUGCUGCCACCUACAUUGCUGGUUGUGGGGCAUGGCUGACACUCUAAACAGUGGCUUUCCCCGGCCAUAUCACUGGGGGCGCCACACUACGUAAUCCCCAAAAGUAAUUAUUUAUCAUUAGAGGGCCAUAAAGAAUAACUAGUAAUGCUGCGUACUCCAAGAAAGGCUAAAAUCUAACCUUUCUGGUACAAAUAGUAAUACAUUGUUGAGGUGUUUGAGGACACAAGCUCAAGUACACAGUACAAAUAUAUAUUUUUUUAAUAUAUGAAAAAAUGAACAAAACUGUAUGAAUAAGGCUUGAAAUGACAUAUGCUUUCUAAAUAUACUAUAAAAUGACUAACAAUAAGAUUUCACCUUAAUUAUAACUGUAAAAUAUUUGUAUGUUUAGUGUUAGAGAAAAUGUGAAUAUUUUCUUAAGGUCUCUCUUGAUCAAAACGUCUGCCCCCGUCGCUGUGAACGUCUCACAUAACUCUAACUUGGAUUCCUGAACUCGUUAGGAACUUGCCUUUCAUCUCAUAGUAAUCUUGUCCAUCUGUGACAAACAAAGUGUUUUUUGUAUAAAGUCUAUUCAUUAUUUUAGAUGAAUGGCUAUAAAUUGAUCUGAAUGUGCUACAGCGAUGGAAACACUCUCUCCUGCUGCACUGCGAUGUAAUGGAUUGCAAGCAUGUGCUUUGUCAGUGGCUGUGACGUAGGGUUCAGCCAGGAGUUGAUGGACAGUCAGAAGAGCGAAUGAAAUGGUAGGAGGGUCAGCCCAGCUUCAAGUGGUUUCAGAUUUCACAUCCUACAUCACACAGGCACUACUGUGUCCGUGGGAACCGGGGCUAUUGCUCAAUGCAAGCCAUUUCGAUCUAAGGUGUCCACAGAUCGAUUUAUAAGCGAAACUGUCGAUCGGAACCAGUACCAGAACCAUGAAGGUCCCUUUACAUCUAAGAGGAUUAUUACAUACUCUGGACAGUGUAUCAUAGUGCUUUAAGAAUUUUCACAAAUGCUAGAUCACUCACCCAUCACUGUGAUUUAUUAUGCCAUGGAGAAAACCUGGGUGAGGAAAUAGUUUUAAAAACAGUAAAUCCACUGUAAGUAUACUUCCACUCAGAAACAUUAUUCAUUAUACUAUAAAGAUCAUUAUUGAAUUACUAUUUAAUACUAUGCAUUAUAACUUUACAAUUUCUAUAAGCAUAAUUAAUCAUUGCUGCUUUUGCAUAUCAUUUGCUUGCAUUCUUUUCUCCUUCAGUGAUCGACUACUGUUCAUUUGGGAAUCACAGCUGUCAGCAUGAGUGUGUGAGUGUCCUCAAUGGCUAUUUCUGCCACUGUAAUGAGGGAUACACACUCCAGGAGGAUGGAAAGACCUGCCAGAGUAAGUUAGACACACUGUAAGAUGAUUUAACCUUUAUAAUGUCAAAGGUCUGCUUCAGGGGAAACUAACUAACAGAAACAACUAUUUAACCCAAAUACCGAAGCAAAGUCUCUAUGUAAGAUACAUUGACAAAAAUGUUGACUCUACACAUAGCCAUUUGGGUGUACUGCUGUUUUAAUUUACAUGGGGAAAGAAUUAACUGUAAUUUGGAUGUUCAUAGAAAGUGGUGACCAAUAUAUGUGUGUACUGUUACAUGCAGUCCAUACAUCUUACUGUUUUAUGUUCUGAACCAACACUAGCUUAAUAAGCGUUAUGACCUUUAUGACCGCCUCUCUACUUAAAAACAAACAUACUAAAAAUCUAACCAGCCAAACCUUUGUUAUACAAUUCACUUUCAUUGAGUUAUGCAACUCACUAAAAUCCACUUUACUCAACUUGAUAUGAUCACUUGCCUAGUAAUACUCAAGAAAAUCUCAAGAAUGUUCAGAUCAACAUAACCAGUCUUUGAAAGAUAGGUCCCCUGAAGUGAACCUAAUAUUUUUCCCAGACCACAUCCAUAGAUGAUUAUACCGCCAAACAUAAUAUCAAAGCCUUUAUCCAUUCAUUUAUUACUUCAUCAUACAGUACAUCUGCUCCCAUUGGUCUAUUAAAUGCACGCACGCAUACGCACACACACAAAUGUAUGCAAUUAUCUCCUGGUAAUACAUAUUUACCAUAGCAAUACUUUUGUACUGCUCUUGGAGAUUUGUUUUGUUUUGUCUACAAAUACUGUACUUGCCAAACACACCUAGGCUAUUAGACUGGUAACACAAUAGAAAGUACACUAGAUAGACUGGCGGAAGAUUUUGAGAUGAUAUGCUUCUCAGCUGAUCCUCAAAUCCACAUUACGUUCAAGAUGAUCCAAAGACAGAGGUUGUGAUGAUGAUAAUGAUAAUAAUAAUACUUUUUAUUUGCGCCUUUCAAGAUACCCAAGGACACAUAGGGCCCGAUUCAGACAUAGACAUUUACGACUUUCCUACACACGUCUUUCCUACACACUUCUCAGUAGUUGGUAUUCAGACUUACCUUAUGCUGGUGCAUAACGGGCUUUGCAGGUGUAGUUCCCUUGCGCGUGCUGAAUACAUUUAAUUCAACCACUGAAAACCCUCCCACUUGCUGGCCAACAGAUUUUCUUGUGGAGUUUUCAUUCAAUAGGGGUUUCAGCACAUUAACUAAAGCCAUCCUUUUAAAUUUGGUGUACCUUUAAUUUGAAUUUUCUCGACAGACUCACUAGAAUAUAUGGAGAGAACGGUUCAGAAUAUUAGUGAUCAAUGACAGAAAGCCAUGUAGGCUAAACAUGUAGGCUAAAUACACGCAUAUUCGUCUCCUUUUCAGCACCAAUUGGUAGAUUUAAAAAUACUCUGAUCUUGUAGAAAACUGUUUGGAGAGCCUUAUUGGUGAAUCAAAAAUACAGUGGUUUGAUUCAUCCUGAAAGUUGCCAUAUUCAAUCCAUGAAAUAUUGGAAAGUGAGAAAAGUGUACAACAGGGGUUGAACAGUAGUCCUAUAAAUCUACCCUAAUAAUUCUCACUAAUCAUGGAACUGUGAUAACGAUCCAGUCGUUGUGAACCGUGCUCCAGGUUUAAACUGCUACGUAUGGUCUGCGUUCAAUAAUGAUUCAAAUAGGCUACAUGUCCCAAAUUAUUGAACAACUUAUAAUACAUUAGCCUAAUAUGAUUCACUAUUGCUAGCGAUACUCAAGAACUACCACACGAACGAACGUGACAGAGGAAAGAAAGGUAAACUAACAAUGGAAUGGAAUGGAAUGAUGCAAAAUGUUAAGAAACUAAAGUGAAAUGUACAGUGCAUUUGGAAAGUAUUCAGACCCCUUGACUUUUUCCACAUCAUCCUUGAGAUGUUUCUACAACUUGAUUGGAGUGUGGUAAAUUCUAUUGAUUGGCACACACCUGUCUAUAUAAGGUCCCACAGUUGACAGUGCAUGUCAGAGCAAAAACCAAGCCAUGUGGUGGAAGGAAUUGUCCGUAGAGCUCCGAGACAGGAUUGUGUCAAGACACAUAUCUGGGGAAGGGUACCAAAAAAUUUCUGUAGCAUUGAAGGUCCCCAAGAACACAAGAACACAGUGGCCUCCAUCAUUCUUAAAUGGAAGAAGUUUGGAAACACCAAGACUCAUCCUAGAGUUGGCCGCCCGGCCAAACUGAGCAAUCGGGGGAGAAGGGCCUUGGUCAGGGAGGUGACCAAGAAUCUGAUGGUCACUCUGACAGAGCUCCAGAGUUCCUCUGUGGAGAUGGGAGGACCUUCCAGAAGGACAACCGUCUCUUCAGCACUCCACCUCUACGGUGAAACAUUGUGGUGGGAACAUCUUGCUGUGGGGAUGUUUUUCAGCGGCAGGGACUGGGAGACUAGUCAGGAUAGAUAGAAAGACGAACAGAGCAAAGUACAUAGAGAUCCUUGAUGAAAACCUGCUCCAGAGUGCUCAGGACCUCAGACUGGGGCGAAGGUUUACAUUCCAACAGGACAACGGCCCUAAGCACACAGCCAAGACAUCACAGGAGUAGCUUCAGGAAAAGUCUCUGAAUGUCCUUGUGUGGCCCAGCCAGAGCCCGGAAUUGAACCCGAUCUAACAUCUCUGGAGAGGCCAAAAAAUAGCUGUGCAGCGACGCUCCCCAUCCAACCUGACAGAGCUUGAAAGGAUCUGCAGAGAAGAAUGGAGAAACUCCCCAAAUAUAGGUGUGCCAAGCUUGUAUCGUCAUACCCAAGAAGACUCGAGGCUGUAAUCGCUGCCAAAGGUGCUUCAACAAAGUACUGAGUAAAGGGUCUGAGUACUUAUGUAAAUAUGCCUUUUCCGUUUUUUAUUUUUUAUACAUUUGCUAAAAUUUAUAAAAAACAGUUUUUGCUUUGUCUUUAUUGGGUAUUGUGUGUAGAUUGAUGAUGGAAAAAAACCAAACAAUUGAAUCCAUUUUAUAAUAAGGCUGUAACGUAACAAAAUGUGGAAUAAGUCUGAAUGCUUUCGAAUGCACUGUAUGCGGGUGGUGGCUACCAAUAGCAGCUAAUAUUUAACACGAUACAAAUUCUAAAAGAUACAGUGCAAAGUCUGGGCAUAUAAUUAAAACAUUCUUGACAUCAUUAAUCAACUCGGUAGGUUUGGCACUAUACUGUCAUUUGCGCAAGGCGACAAAAGCCUAUCGCUUGGGUCCCUGCAGAUUGUAAGGCCAGCAUUUCAUAAACCCAUUCAAGUCAUGGGACCGAUAUUAUAUACAUUUUUUAUAAUUAUAAAGUAUCUACAAUUGAUUGUGAACUUCAACAAAGUCAGUUAUAGAUUAUUUGAACAUUAUGCGUGAAAAAUUCUAACAUGACUUGAAUAGGAUUUGUGCCACAAAUUAUUAAAUGUUAGCAUGAGGAAACAAUGCGAAGGAAACUAAACCAAAGCAUGGAUUGCUGUCCCAUCUUGUCCAUAGACUAUUAGAGGGUAAAGAAACCAAUGUCAUUUUGUAAUUUGGGUGAACUAUCCCUUUCAGUUGAAGAUUUCUUCGAAGUGCUCUCCCCACCAGAAUUUGAUUGGUUCAUCAUCCUUCAGCAGCUUUUGUCCAUCUUUGGUGCGAAGGAUAGUCACCCAGACUAUCGUUGUCCAUCUUUGGAUAGUCACCCAGAAUAUUGUUGUUAAGUCUGGAUGAGGUGAGGGUCUGUACAACAGUUGUCUGUACUCGUCAUUGCUCAUCAUUGUCACAUCACAACAAUCCUUGGCUUGGACAUUGACAUACAGUAAGCCCCGUUUAAACCUGUCGCUAACAUGGGUCCUGUGUCUUGAUCUUGAACACAUUCUGAUUGUCCUCACAGAACAGAAUUCAUGGUUCCUUCUAUUAAGGCAAGUCAUCCAGGUCCUGAGGCAGCAAAGCAUCCCCAAACCAUCACACUACCACCAUGUCAUCCAAAAAGUUAUACUUUUGACUCAUCUGUCCAUAGAACAUUCUUCCAAGAGUCUUGAUGAUCAUCCAGGUGCUUCCAGGCAAACUUGAGUCAGGUCUUUGGACGAAAUGGGUCCCAUUAUGUCAGGGUAAAACCAAACACUGUAUUCCACAGUAAAAACCAAGGAUGGUGGUGGUAGUGUGAUGAUUUGCUGCCUCAGGACCUGGAUGACUUGCCUUAAUAGAAGGUACCAUGAAUUCUGUUCUGUAUCAGAGAAUUCUACAGGAGAAUGUCAGGCCAUCUGUCUGUGAGCUGAAGCUGAAGCGCAGCUGGGUCAUGCAGUAACACAAUGAUCCAAAACACACAAUCAAGUCUACGUGAAAAUGGUUAAAAAGCAACACAUUUUAAUUUUUGGAAUGGCCUAGUCAAAGUCCAGACCUAAUCCCAAUUGAGAUGUUGUGGCAGGACUUCAAACGAGCAGUUCAUGCUUGAAAACCUCACAAAUGUUGCUGAGUUAAAGCAGUUCUGCUUGCAAGAGUGGGCCAAAAUUCCUCCACAGCGAUGUGAGAGACUGAUCAACAAGUAUAGGAAGCCUUUGUUGCAGUCAUUUCAGCUAAAGGUGGUACAACCUGUUAUUGAGUGUAAGGGGGAAUUGGGUGUUGCAUAACAUUGUUAAUUAAAUAAAUAAAAUAAGUAUCCAUUUUUUUGUUAUUUGUAAACUCAGGUUCCCUUUAUCUAAUAUUAGGUUUUGGUUGAAGAUCUGAUAACACUCAGUAUCAAAGAUAUGCAAAACUAGAGAAAUCCCAUCAGGACCAGCGGCCUUGUUAUUUCUCAUCUUCCUGAUGGCAUCUUGUACCUUCUGCUAGCUGUGUUGUUGUCCCAUGUCUUCCUUUAUGGGUUGCUGAAGAAUUUGGUCAAUGACCUCCAUCUCAGUGAUUGUACUUCAGUUGAGGAGUGCUUCAAAGUGUUCCUUCCACCAGGAUUAGAUUGCUUCAGCAGCUUUUCCAGGGUAUUUCUGACCGAAGAGUAUGUUGCUGAUGAUGAGGUCAUUUGGUAAGGAGAAGAUUUCCAUUUGAGUUGGUAUUGCCUCGAUACCUUGAUUUUCAAUUGUGCCUCUCCAAUGGUUGAGUACAAAGCCGAACCCCAUUAAUUCUGGGUUAAUCAGCUGUUUUUUCUCCUCCUUCAGUUGUCCUUCAUCUACAAGUUUCGGAGAGUGCAGCACUGUCAAUCCAAUAUCUUCUCAGGUCUUUUGGAAUGAUCACAGUUAGUCUCUCAGGUUGAUCAGUGGUUGCGCUCUCCAUCAGGGUUUGCACGUUCCAUGCAUAUAUUUUGUUUCAGACUGUAAAGAGGUGAUCCUACUAGCAACUCCAAUGGCAUGGAGACCAUGACAAUUGGGGACCUCUCGCCAUUGUGACCAUCAUCUUCUGCCUGCUCCGCAGUUAAGGUCUUUGUUGGAUCGCGUUUUGUCUGUAACCUCCCCAUUGAACUUACCGCCAUGGGUGAUCCUACCAGGAGCUUAAGCUCCAGACGGCAUCGCUUGUGAUCUCAGGAACUCACAAGAAUCUCCACCACGGCAAGGUGGCGAUUCCUGGUGACUCAGGAUCAUUAUGGGAUGAUACUAAGACAUUAUGAAAAUGUCAUAUAAUACUUAUAUUGACUGCAGGAUUAUGCAUUAUAUGUGUGUGUCUUAUUGAAGUCUAACCUGGGCAUGAAUCCACAGCCUUGCCUUCAAGCAGUAAUCAAUGCCUCUGUUUUUUCUUCAAUCACACAGUGAUAGACCUGUGUGCUGAGGGGAAGCAUGACUGUGAGCAGCUCUGUAUCGCCUCCCCAGGCGCCUUCACCUGCGAUUGCAACGCUGGCUUCACCCUCAAUGACGACAACAAGACCUGCACAAGUUAGUGAGGCCAUCAUUAAGGCAAACAAUAGAAGAAGCCUGGACAUGAAACAACAACCUUCCCUUCAAGCAGUAAUGAGUGUCUCUGUUUUUUGAUGAUACAGUGAUAGACCUUUGUGCUGAGGGGAAGCAUGACUGUGAGCAGAUCUGUAUCGCCUCCCCAGGCGCCUUCACCUGCAACUGCAAUGCCGGCUUCACCCUCAACGAAGACAAGAAGACCUGCACAAGUUAGUGAGGCCAUCAUUAAGGCAAACAAUAGAAGAAGCCUGGACAUGAAACAACAACCUUCCCUUCAAGCAGUAAUGAGUGUCUCUGUUUUUUGAUGAUACAGUGAUAGACCUUUGUGCUGAGGGGAAGCAUGACUGUGAGCAGAUCUGUAUCGCCUCCCCAGGCGCCUUCACCUGCAACUGCAAUGCCGGCUUCACCCUCAACGACGACAAGAAGACCUGCGCAGGUUAGUGAGGCCAUCAUUAAAGCAAACAAUAGAAUAAGUGUAGACGUGCCGGAGUCUGGCAUGGUGGUUGGCCCUCCCGACUCCGAAGCAACUUUCCGGUCUUUGCCACUCUGCUUUCUGCUGUCCGCCUCUUCACUUUCCCACGGUUCUUUAAAUCAAUCAAUAACAAAUUCUUAUGGUGGAUCGGACCUCGGACCACCCCUAGUUAAAAGGUAAAAUCUGGUGAAAAUGGGCAUAAUGGAAAUAGUCAUUGAAUUAGGUGAAAUAUCCUGAAAUUAUCAACAAAAACUGAGUGGAUUAUCAAAUAUAAACACUUAGACCAUGGAAUGGAUUCAAUAGUUACUUUUCAUACAGUUAUUAUGCUUUAAGACAUGCAAAUACUGUAUACAGAUGUUUUCAGCUACAGUUGUGGUCUGUAGCACCACCAAGGGCCCUUCUCAGAUGGGAGCCUCUUAGAAAACUGUGGGAGAUGGGAGCCUCUUAGAAAACUGUGGGAGAUCCCACUGAACCAGGAUAACUUUACCUCGUAAGAAUCUGACUUUUUGGGCCAGGGUUAUUGAAACUGUAAAGUCAUUUUUAAGGGGUAAUAUGUACAAUCAGCCAAAUAGGACAGUCACAGAUUCUGACAACACAUACUGAACAUAUACAAAUAAACAGACUAUUUAAUCAUACAUACAUACAUAUAUAGACUAUGAAAUAAACAUAUUUAUAGUUAUUUUUGUCAUAAUUAUUAUGCUUUAAGUCAUGCAUAUACACAGUAAAAGCAUAUUUCAUUUUGGUCAAACUUGGGCAUUAGUGAAUACAAAUACAUUUCUCAGACAGUGUAGAUCCUACUCAGAAAGAAACUUCUGAACAAUAAGCACUUUACCUUGUGAGGAUCUGACAUUCUGGGGCAGAGAUAUUGGAACUAAGGGGGCCAGUAUAAAUGCAGUCAAAGUUGACAUUUUUUAGGUAAUGGUAGGCCAUAUUCUCUAAAUAUAUGACUAACAUCCUAAUGUAUACUUGAAUAUGCAUACUUGGAAAAUGGCAACGUCCAUCAUGACAAUUUAUUGAAGAUUUGUGGUUCAUGACAUACAAAUACUCAGACUUUCUAAUGCCUGGACGUCAUUUGUGCAGAGCUACCUCUAAUGUUUGUCAUAAUUAAAGCACUUCACCCAAAUAUAUAUUCUAUUGCAAUCAUACUGUGAAAUUAAUGGAAUCAAACUUUUAGUUUAUGUGAGCGACAGUACAGACUAUACAUUCCUUAGUUACAGUAUCAGUCCAGUCCAGUUACCAUACUUAAUUUAGAAUUUGGGAAUUUGCUACAAACACAAUACUUUUCUCAUUGUUCUUUUUAAUACGCACACAAUAAAAUAUAAACCUGAAAUUAACUAAAUGGAUCACCACAUCGCAAUUUUUAUGUUUAAUGUAUUUACACUGAACAAAACUAUUAAACGCAACAAGAAACAAUUCCACGUGACUGGGAAUACAGAUAUGCAUCUAUUGGUGACAGAUACCUUUAAAAAAAAGGUAGGGCCGUGAAUAAAAAAAACAGUCAGUAUCUGGUGUGACCAUCAUUUGCCUCAUGAAGCGCGACACAUCUCCUUCGCAUAGAGUUGAUCAGGCUGUUGAUUGUGGCCUGUGGAAGGUUGUCCCACUGCUCUUCAAUGGCUGUGCAAAGUUGCUGGAUAUUGGUGGGAACUGGAACAUGCUGCCGUACAAGUAGAUCCAGAGCAUCCCAAACAUGCUCAAUGGGUGACAUUUCUGGUGAGUAUGCAGGCCAUGGAAGAACUGGGACAUUUUCAGCUUCCAGGAAUUGUGUGCAGAUCCUUGCGACAUGGUGCUGUGCAUUAUCAUGCUGAAAUGUGAGGUGAUGGCGGCGGAUGAAUGGCACGACAAUGGGCCUCAGGAUCUCGUCACGGUAUCUCUGUGCAUUCAAAUUGACAUAGAUAAAAUGCAAUUGUGUUCAUUGUCCAUCGCUUAUGCCUGCCCAUACCAUAACUCCACCGCCACCAUGGGGCACUCUGUUCACAACGUUGACAUCAGCAAACCACUCGCCCACACGACGCUGUCUGCCAUCUGCACGGUACAGUUGAAACAGGAAUUAAUCUGUGAAGAGCACACUUCUCUAGCGUGCCAGUGGCCAUCGAAGGUGAGCAUUUGCUCACUGAAGUCGGUUACGACGCCAAACAGCAGUAAGGUCAAGACCCUGGUGAGGAUGACAAGCACACAAAUGAGCAUCCCUGAGACGAUUUCUGACAGUUUGUGCAAAAAUUCUUCAGUUGUUCAAACCUACAGUUUCAUCAGCUGUCUGGGUGGCUGGUCUCAGACCAUCCCGCAUGUGAAGAAGCUGGAUGUGGGGGUCCUGUGCUGACGUGGUUACGUGGUCUGUGGUUGUGAGGCCGGUUGGACGUACUGCCAAAUUCUCUAAAGCGACUUUGGAGGCGGCUUAUGGUAGCGAAAUGAACAUUCAAUUAUCUGGCAACAGCUCUGGUGGACAUUCCUUUAGUCAGCAUGCCAAUUGCAAGCUCCCUCAAAACUUGAGACAUCUGUGGCAUUGUGUUCUGUGACAAAACUGAACAUUUUAGAGUGGCCUUUUAUUGUACCCAGCACAAGGUCCACCUGUGUAAUGAUCAUGCUGUUUAAUCAGCUUCUUGAUAUGCCACACCUGUCAGGUGGAUGGAUUAUCUUGGCAAAGGAGAAAUGCUCACUAACAGGGAUGUAAACAAAUUUGUGCACAACAUUUUAGAGAAGUAAGCUUUUUGUGCUUAUGGAACAUUUCUGGGAUAUUUUAUUCAACUCUAUUCAAGUAUGUGUAUGUAUGUGUCAUAAGGAACAUUAAUCAUCUUCAAUAAACUGUCAUCAUUUUAUACAAGGUGUCGAAAGCGUUCCUCAGGGAUGCUGGCCCAUGUUAACUCCAAUGCUUCCCACAGUGGUGUCAAGUUGGCUGGAUGUCCUUUAGGUGGUGGAACAUUCUUGAUAUACACAGGAAACUGUUGAGCAUGAAAAACCCAGCAGCGUUGCAGUUCUUGAGACAAACUGGUGCGGCUGGCACCUACUACCACACCCCAAAGGCAUUUCAAUAUUGUGUCUUGCCCAUUCACCCUCUGAAUGGCACACAUACACAAUCCAUGUCUCAAUUGUCUCAAGACUUAAAAAUCAUUCUUUAAUCCUUCUUCAUCUACCUAAAAAAAAAUCAACUUUGACUGCAUUUACACUUGUCCCCUUAGUUCCAAUAUCUCUGGACCAGAAUGUCAAAUCCUCACAAGAUAAAGUGCUUAUUGUUCAGUAGUGUCUUUCUGAGUAGUUAGAGGGGAUCUACACUAUCAGUAAUUAGAGGGGAGAAAGGUUUUUGUUAGCUAAUGUCCAUGUUUGACCAUGUUUUCUGUGUAUAUGCAUAACGUAUAGCACAAUAAUUAUGACAAAAUUAACUAUAAAUAUGUUUUGUCCAUACUCUAAGUAUGUAUGUAUGAUUAAAUAGUAUGUUUAUACGUUCAGUAAUAUGUUCAGUAAAUUAGUUCAGAAUCUGUGGCUAUCCUUUUUGGCUGCUUGUACAUUUUACCCCUUAGAAAUGUCAUUUGCUAAGAUUCUUAAAUCCUUGGUAAAUGUACAACUUUGCUCUUUUUUAUCUGAGAAAUAUAUUUAGAAUGUAAAUCAAUCAGGGUUUAGGCCUGGGCAGAGCACUAUUAAAGUAACCACUUUAAUGAUCUUGUCAAUGCUUUAGACACUAAAAUAAAAUGUGUUUGUGGACCUGGCAAAAGCUUUUGAUACUGUUGAUCAUGCUAUUUUAUUGAAGAAGUUGUCCUCAAUAGGCCUGAGCACUGACGCCUGUCAUGAUUGCAUGACUAUCUUAGUGACAAAACUCAGGCCAUCGUGAUUGAUGGGGUUAAGUCCACAUUUCUUGAAGAACAUAAGGUGUUCCGCAGGGGUCGAUACUAGGACCUGUUCUUUUCACUAUUUAUAUAAAUGCUAUUGGUCAAUCUGUUAAAUUGUUUAAAUGUAAUCUAUAUGCAGAUGAUACUAUUAUGUACGCAAUUCACCCCGACUGCUGACCUGGCUGUGAUAAGGUUACGGUCCAAUUUUGCAGUUGUGCAGGAAGCCCUUGUUGAUAUAAAACUUGUACUUAAUACGGGCAAAACUAAAUACAUGUUGUUUUCAAGUUCUCGUAAGAUUGUCUCAGAUGGAUUACAUCUUUACUCAUCGGAUGGUUCUAUAAUCGAACGAGUCUCUGCAUACAAAUACCUUGGUAUUUGGAUUGGCAAUGAUUUAUCAUUUAAAAAACAAAAGACUGAGCUUGUUAAGAAACUAAGAUUCAAAGUGGGCUUUUCCACCUUACGUGUGGAAUGAUCGACAAUACACUUUAAAAUUGAAGGAAUGGGUGCCUCUAGGGCAUUUCAAAUGGUUGUUGGGGGACCUUUGUACCAGCAUUGAAUCCCUGUCAAAAUAAAGAUUAAAUAAAACAAUUACAGUUUCAAUAUUUCUGGCCCAGAAAGUCAGAUUCUUAUGAGGAAAAUGUAUCCUGGUUCAGUGGGUUCUCCCACAGUUUUCUAAGAGGCUCUAUAUCAUCUGAGAAGGGUACUUGGUGGUGCUACAGACCACAACUGUAGCCGAAAAAUCUGCAUUUUCGUCCUUUCUGUAUAUCUGCAUGCCUUAAAUAGAACUUUAAGAAAAGUAACUAUUAAUGCAUCCAUUGCAUAGUCUAAGUGUUUAUGUUUGAUAAUCCACUAAGUUUCUGUUGUGAAUUUCUGGAUAUUUGACCUAAAUCACUAGAUUUAACCUUUUGCCCAUUGAAAAUUGCCUUAAGAAUCCAACAUACACUUAUUUAUUUUUACUAUUUUCCACAUUGUAGAAUAAUAGUGAAGACAUCACAACUAUGAAAUAACACAUAUGGAAUCAUGCAGUAACCAAUAAAGUGUUAAACAAAUCAAAAUAUAUUCUAUAUUUGAGAUUGUUCAAAUAGCCACCCUUUGCCUUGAUGACAGCUUUGCACACUCUUGGCAAUGUAGAAAAUAGUAAAAAUAAAGAAAAAGCAUUGAAUGAGUAGGUGUUCCAAAAUUUUUGACCGGUGGUGUAAAUUGUUAUGGCCGGUGUUGUCUUGUCUGGUGGGGGCUUGGUGGAUGACGUGUCUUUUUAUGUUCAGGGCCAGACCCAGGAGUGUGUACGUCUUUUCAAAGGCAUCCAGAAUGCCCUAUAUGUCUUCUUCCAAGUGGGCAGGGAUUGCUUUGUCAUGUACAUAAAAUGGAGACAGAUGGCGGCUCUGAAGAGGGCCGGCGUCUUCCUGGUUCCUGCUCGUCUUUGCUUUUUUAUGGCUAUUUUUGCGUUAAUUAUUACUUUGUUUUCUCCGAAUUUUCAUGCAAUAAUUUCCUACGGCUGACAAACACUUCUGGAUCAUGAAUCGGAAGCUACACACUUAUUUCUCAGCCUCCCAGAUCUGGAAUGCUACAUUUGCUCCUUUGUUCUCCACGCAGCGGGCUUACCUGUUGCUGCUGAACAAGAUGACCGAAGGCAACACCAGUGACUAAGAAGAGGAAGGAAAGGGGUCUCCAAGCUAGGCUGAAAGGAUGGGCUACACAGCCUCCUCUUCCUAGUAUCCUGAUGGCUAAUGUCCAAUCGCUGUGAAAUACACUUUGAACUCAGAGCAAGGCUUCAAUCACAGAAGGACAUCACGGAAUGCUGUGUUUUUACAGAGACAUGGCUUACAGACGAUACACUUGACUCUGCUAUUCAACCAGACGGCUUUUCCCUUUUCCUUAUGGAUCGAACGGAGGCUUCUGCUAAGAGUAGGGGGAGGGGUAUGUUUCUUCAUCAACAAUUCCUGGUGAACCGAAGUUGAAAACACCUCGAGCUCCCAUUCUCCCAACCUGGAGUUCCUGAUGCUAAAAUACCGACCCCACUAUGUGCAGAGGGAAUUCACGGGUUAUUAUCACAGCUGUGUAUAUACCUCCACAAGCAAACACCAAGGCAAACUGUACAAGAUCAUUAGCCAACAAAAAUCCUCUUACCCGGAAGCAGUCUUUAUUGCUGGAUCAUGUAUAUACAAACAUCCGUGACAUGUAAAAAACCAUCCCCCACCCCCAUUUCGUCCAAUCAGAUAACGUCUCUCUGUCCCUACUUCCCACCUACAAGCAGCAACUCAAGAGAGAGCCACCAACACAGAGAAUAGUGAGGUGCUGGACAGAGGAGGUAGACUCAAUGCUGCAGGAUUGUUUUGAGAAUACUGAUUGGAAUAUGUUCAAUGAUUCAUCCACCCAGGACUCAUCCAUUAACAUUGAGGAAUAUACAUCGUCAGUCACAGGCUUCAUUAGGAAAUGUGUUGAUGAUGUUGAACCCACAAUAACAACCCCAACCAAAAUCCCUGAAUGAAGUGCAGCUUUCAACGUAAGCAGAAUGAACCCUGAUGACUCAGUGGCGCACGACGCGUACACGGCAAGCAGGUACAAGCUCUGCAAAUUCAUUAGGGAUGCAAAAAGACAAUACAGACUCAAACUUGAAUUGAUGUUCGACAACUCAAAUGCAUGUGGGAAGGACUACAGACUAAUACAGACUACAAAGACAAAGCCUCGCUCCCAGACAAGCUUACCACAUUCUAUGCUCGAUUCGAGGCAGACAAUGCAGAGCCAUUCAGGAAGACUCUAGCUGUUCUGGAUGACCAGGUGUUUCGCUCUCAAAUCAAAUCAAAUUUUAUUUGUCACAUACACGUGUUUAGCAGAUGUUAUUACGGGUAUAGCGAAAUGCUUGUGCUUCUAGCUCCGACAGUGCAGUAAUAUCUAACAAAUAAUAUCUAACAAUUUCACAACAUAUACCCAAUAAACACAAAUAUAGGUAAGGAAUGGAAUUAACAAAUAUACAUAUAUGGACAAGCAAUGACAGAGCGGCAUGGACUAAGAUACAGUAGAAUAUGAUAGAAAACAGUAUAUACACAUAUGAGAUGAGUAAUGCAAGAUAUGUAAACAUUAUUAAAGUGACUAGUGUUUCAUUUCUUAAUGUCGCCAAUGAUUUAUAUAGGCAACAGCAGCCUCUAAUCUGCUAGUGAUAGCUAUUUAACAGUCUGAUGGCCUUGAGAUAGAAGCCUUUUUCUCAGUCUCUCGGUCCCAGCUUUGAUGCACCUGUACUGACCUCGCCUUCUGGAUGAUAGCGGGGUGAACAGGCAGUGGCUCGGAUGGUUGAUGUCCUUUUUGGCCUUCCUGUGACAUCAGGUGCUAUAGGGUGUCCUGGAGGGCGGGUAGUUUGCCCCUGGUAAUGUGUUCGGCAGACCGCACCACCCUCUGGAGAGCCCUGCGGUUGCGGACAGUGGAGUUGCCGUACCAGGUGGUGAUACAGCCCGACAGGAUGUUCUCAAUUGUGCAUCUGUAAAAGUUUGUGUGGGUUUUAGUUGCCAAGCCAAAUUUCUUUAGCCUCCUGAGGUUGAAGAGGCUCUGUUGCGCCUUCUUCACCACACUGUCUGUGUGGAUGGACCAUUUCAGUUUGUCAGUGAUGUGUACGCCAAGGAACUUGAAGCUUUCCACCUUCUCCACUGCGGUCCCGUCGAUGUGGAUAGGGGGGUGCACCCUCUGCUGUUUCCUGAAGUCCACGAUCAUCUCCUUUGUUUUGUUGACGUUGAGUGAGAGGUUCUUUUCCUGGCACCACACUCCCAGGGCUCUCACCUCCUCCCUGUAUGCUGUCUCAUUGUUGGUAAUCAAGCCUACUACUGUUGUGUCGUCUGCAAACUUGAUGAUUGACUUGGAGCUGUGCUUGGCCACGCAGUCAUGGGUGAACAGGGAGUACAGGAGGGGGCUGAGCACGCACCCAGCGAAGUGGAGGUGUUAUUUCCUACCUUCACCACCUGGGGUUGGCCCGUCAGGAAGUCCAGGACCCAGUUGCAUAGGGCGGGAUUCAGACCCAGAGCCUCUAGCUUAAUGAUGCUUGGAGGGUACUAUGGUGUUGAAUGCUGAGCUAUAGUCAAUGAACAGCAUUCUUACAUAGGUAUUCCUCUUGUCCAGAUGGGAUAGGGCAGUGUGCAGUGUGAUGGCGAUUGCAUCGUCUGUGGAUCUAUUGGGGCAGUAAGCAAAUUGAAGUGGGUCUAGGGUGACAGGUAAGGUAGAGGUGAUACGAUCCUUGACUAGUCUCUCAAAGCAGUUCAUGAUGACAGAAGUGAGUGCUACGGGGCUAUAGUCAUUUAGUUCCGGCAGCCUUGCGGGGGUUAACAUUAUUAAAUGUCUCCGAGACUGAGGUGAGGAAAACUCUCAAAAGAGUGAAUACUCGCAAAGCCGCCGGCCAGAUGGAGUGUGUGGUGACCAGCUGGCAGGCGUCCUCUGACAUUUUCAACCUGUCCCUGUCCCAGGCUGUAGUCCCCACCUGCUUCAAGGAGACCACCCUCGUCCCAGUGUCCAAGAAAAACAAGGUGACAUGCCCAAAUGUCUAUCGCCCUGCCGCACUCACCCUGGCCAUCAUGAAGUGCUUCGAGAGGCUGGUCAUGGCUCACAUCAAGGCCAGCAUGCCAGGCACACUGGACCCAUUCCAAUUUGGAAGGAUGGCAGCAAUGAAGAUUACAAAAAGGGUGGGGCAAUGAUGCAGCCCUGUUUCAUCCCAGUUUCCAUCUUCAAGGGUUCCAUUUUAGCACCACUGUAAAUGAUCAGUGUUGCCGACAUGUCCUGCAGCAGUCACAGUACCCUGGUGAGCUGGUCAGGUUAGCUGAUAUUUUACAGAAUCAGCCAAAGGGCAUGACAGUUCAUAGUCAAAUCAUUUUGUAAGGUCUAUAAAGGUCAUGUAAAGUGUUUGCUUUUUCUCUUGCAGUUAUGGUGUUGUGAAAAUCAUGUCCGUUGUGCCUCUGGAUGGGCGAAAGCCUCAUUGUGAUUCUGGGAGGGGUAGGAGUUGGUUGGCCAGUACGUGAUUUAAGUAUUUUCCCAGUGGUGGACAGUAGGAAUAUGCAUGCCUAUGUAGUUCCCACAAAUGUUCUUGUCCCCCUUUUUAAAGAUGGUAACAAUUUGAGUUCUGUGGGAAUUCUCUCCUUGUGCCAGAUCUUCAGGAGCAGGGCAUGUAUGCGGUGUAAGAAAGAGCACUUAGGCUCAGGUAUGUGGCCUUGCUAUUUCUUACCUUCUUGAUGGCAUUUUGUACCUCCUACUUGCUAAGUGGUUUUCCUAGGUCUUCCUUUAUGAUUUGCUGAGGGGUUUGGUCGAGGAUCUCCAUCUCAACGGUUGUACUUCGGUUUGAAGAGUUCUUCUAAGUGUUCUCUCCAAUGGGAUGUGAUUGAUUCAUCAUCCUUCAGCAGCUUUUGUCCAUCUUUGGAGCGAAACAGGUUUAGGCCACGGGAACUGGGUCUGUAUACUGCCUUGGUGGCAUCGAAGAAGCCUUGGGUAUCGCCAGAGUCUACCAGCUACUGCAAUUCCAGUGCCUUACCUGUCCACCAUUUUUUCGAGUCCCUUCACCCAGGGUUGGACAUCCACCUUCGCUCUGGCGUGAGUCUCUCUUUUGCCUUAACAGCUUACCAAAAACAGUCUUGUGGUAUUGCAGUUUCCUGUUAUCACCCAGACUAUGUUGAGUAUUGGCUGUCUUAGCCCUAGUUUGCACCAUUCUUUUUUGCAUCAGUCUAAUGGACAUAGUGGAGUAGAUCAAGGAAUGGUCUGUCCUGUCCAAGAGUCAUCUGGACUUGUGAUGUUCAUAUCACGACAAUCCUUGCUUCAGACAAUGACAUAGUCAAUGAUAUGCCAGAGUGGGGAUAAAUCCAGGAUAUUUUGUUUUUCUGAUGGAAGAGUGUGUUGGUGAUGAUAAGGUCAUGUUCUACAAAUUUGGUUAGGAGAAUAACUCCAUUUGAGUUGGUUUGCUGACACCUUCCUUCCCAAUCAUGCCUCUCCAAAUGUUGUGGUCCUGGCCGACCCUGGCAGUAAAAUCCCCAAGAAGAAUGAUUGUGUCUUCCUUAGGAAUACUUGAGAGUCCAAGUUGGUAUAGAAGGUCUCAAACAAUGGAAGAACUUUGGGCAUUAACCACAACCUUCCCUUCAAGCUGUAAUGUGUUUCUGUUUUUUAUGAUACAGUGAUAGACCUGUGUGCUGAGGAGAAGCAUGACUGUGAGCAGAUCUGUAUCACCUCCCCGGGCACCUUCACCUGUGACUGCAACACUGGCUACACCCUCAAUGACGACAAGAUGACCUGCACAAGUUAGUGAGGCCAUCAUCAGGCCAAAUAAUAGAGGAAGCCCAGAUAUGAAACAACAACCUUCCCUUCAAGCAAUAAUCAGUGUCUCUGUUUUUAUGAUACAGUGAUAGACCUGUGUGCUGAGGGGAAGCAUGACUGUGAGCAGAUCUGUAUCGCCUCCCCAGGCGCCUUCACCUGUGACUGCAACACUGGCUUCAAACUCAACAAUGAUAAGAAUACCUGCACAAGUUAGUGAGGCCAUCAUUAGCGAGGCCAUCAUUUACUGUAGCUAGGGGCAGCAUAUUUGAGGCGGCUGCUGGGUGAGAUUUGCGGUGAACAUUGUGAGCGCAAUAAACCUAAAGUAUGUACUCAUCCGUGUUUAUCAAGCUUGAGACCCAGCAUUAAAAUACAGAUAUUGGAAAUCCACAUUUGAAAAUAGGUUUUGAAAAUUAAAGGAAUAUUCAUAUUUUUGGUCCAUAUUACUUGCACACAACAGGACUUGAUCUGCGUUCAAAUUGCAUGUGUUUUCUUUCUAAUAUUUUCAGCACUUGAUUGAGCCUGACUGGAAUGCUAGAUGGGCGGCGUUUGCACUUUUGGGACUAUGUCAGUCCAAGUCAGCUCAAUCAAAAGCGGCUAAAGUAUUCAAAACAAUACAAAUACUAUUUGAACCCAGGUCUGUUUCUUAAUAGAAACAUCUGUGCUGUUGGUCACAAUCAAAUAACAUUAACUUGCUUUUAUGCCAUGUAGUUACUUUUUAACUACAUUAGUAACAAGAACGCAAUUACUGGCUAUCUAUGCUAUCAGAUAGAUAGGAGUUAGCAUUUAGCAAAAAAAAUCUACACCCGAAAAGGACAACAUCUAAAUAUUAUGCUGCAAAAACAGCCAAAUAUAUCCAAAUUGGAUUUUAGUAACCACAUUAGAAAUGUUAUAAAAUGUGCACGUUGUUAGUAUCAGCUUUUUUGAAUGGUGCCAAUAACGGCAUCCUUGUGCUGUCCCUCAUGGCGUCCCAUUGAUCCUGGACCAAAGCUAUGACACCACACACUUCUCAUCCACUGCCCCUCAGUUUUUCAGUGUGUCCAUGUGUGUGUUUGUCCCUCCACAGACCUUGACCUGUGUAACACAGUGGAGCAUGGCUGUGAGCACCAGUGUAUCAGUACACCAGGAUCCUACUACUGCAUCUGCCCUGAGGGACAGCUACUGGCAGAGGAUGGCAAGGGCUGCGGAAGUAAGUAUACUUCACACACCCACUGAAUACAAUAAUGUGAACACCCUCAUGGUUCUUUCUUCUCAUCUGAAGAACCCUUUUUGGAAGAUGAGGGUUCUUCAUAAGGCAAACGGUUCUUCCUAGAACCCUUUUCUUCCUAAAAAGCUGUUUUUGGAAGAAAUUGUUAUUUGAUGAUUCAUUGGUAGGCAAAAAGGGUUCUACAUAGAACCCUUCUGAAUCUGAAUAAGCAUUUUUAUAGAUUGUAUUUCUUUAUUUUGAAUAGUGCCUGAUCAUUAAUGUUUACAUCAGUUAAAAUGUUAACAUCAGUUUGAGUAAUCAGAGUUUAAAAAGAUAGGUAUGAGGAAUUGUACCUAUAUGGGAAUAUUUGUGCAUGUACCUGGUAUUCCCUUAAUAAUUUUACAUAGACAGUACUGACAUAGUUGAUAUCUUUGCCAUGAUUUCUGUCAUUCAAAUUAGUAUUUUCUGUGAUUUAAUUGAGCAGAGAGUAGGAGAAUAGAAGUAUAAGUGAACCAGCAGUGUAGUGUAUGGUUCACAGAAAAUUGGUCAGUGUAACCUAGAGUUGAUUAUUCAGUGUAACAUUUUUAGUGUUGAUUCAGGAGUUAAAUAAUAAUUUGAGUGUGAUUGUGUCAUUCAACUCUGUGUAGAGUAAAACACGCAAAACCACACCCAUCUUAUCAUACUGUAUUUCCCAUCAUGUUCUAGUGUAGGUUGAUUUUCAGAAUUGUUUCUUUCAAUGUCUGUGUUUUUCAUGUACGUUGAUUGGUUGAUUAAUCAAAUGCUACACAACAUAAGUAACAUACACUACCAGGCAAAAGUUUUACAACCCCUACUCAUUCAAGGGUUUUUCUUUAUUUUUACUAUUUUCUACAUUGUAGAAUAGUGAAGACAUCACAAUUAUGAAAUAACACAUAUGGAAUCAUGUAGUAACCAAAAAAGUGUUGAACAAAUCAAAAUAUAUUUUAUAUUUGAGAUUCUUCAAAUAGCCAUACUUUGCCUUUAUGACAGCUUUGCACACUCUUGGCGUUCUCUCAACCAGCUGCAUGAGGUAGUCACCUGGAAUGCAUUUCAAUUAACAGGUGUGCCUUCUUAAAAGUUGAUUUGUGGAAUUUAUUUCCUUCAUAAUGCGUUUGAGCCUAUCAGUUGUGUUGUGACAAGGUAGGGGGAGUAUACAGAAGAUAGCCCUAUUUGGUAAAAGACCAAGUUCAUAUUAUGGCAAGAACAGCUCAAAUAUGUAGAGAGAAACGACAGUCCAUCAUUACUUGAAGACAUGAAGGUCAGUCAAUACGGAACAUUUCAAGAACUUUGAACAAGUGCAGUCGCAAAAACCAUCAAGUGCUUUGAUGAAACUGGCUCUCAUGAGGACCGCCACAGGAAAGGAAGACCCAAAGUUACCUCUGCUGCAGAGGAUAAGUUCAUUAGAGUUAACUGCACCUCAGAUUGCAGCCCAAAUAAAUGCUUCACAGACACAUCAACAUCAACUGUUCAAGGGAGACUGUGUGAAUCAGGCCUUCAUGGUUGAAUUGCUGCAAAGAAACCACUACUAAAGGACACCAAUAAGACGAAGAGACUUGCUUGGGCCAAGAAACAUGAGCAAUGGACAUUAGACCGGUGGGAAUGUGUCCUUUGGUCUGGAGUCCAAAUUUGAGAUUUUGGGUUCCAACCGCCGUGUCUUUGUGAGACGCGGUGUUGGGGGACGGAUUAUCUCUGCAUGUUUAUUUCCCACCGUAAAGCAUGGAGGAGGAAGUGUUAUGGUGUGGGGGAGCUUUGCUGGUGACACUGUCUGUGAUUUACUUAGAAUUCAAGGCACACUUAACCAGUGAUACGCCAUCCCAUCUAGUUUGGGCUUAGUGGGACUAUCAUUUGUUUAUCAACAGGACAAUGAACCAACACACCUCCAGGCUGUGUAAGGGCUAUUUUACCAAGAAGGAGAGUGAUGGAGUGCUGCAUCAGAUGACAUGGCCUCCACAAUCCCCCGACCUCAACCCAAUUGAGAUGGUUUGGGAUGAGUUGGACCGCAGAGUGAAGGAAAAGCAGCCAACAAGUGCUCAGCAUAUGUGGGAACUUUUGAAAAAUCAUUCCAGGUGAAGCUGGUUGAGAGAAUGCCAAGUGUGUGCAAAGCUGUCAUCAAGGCAAAGGGUGGCUAUUUGAAGAAUCUCAAAUAUAACAUAUAUUUUGAUUUGUUUAACACUUUUUUGGUUACUACAUGAUUCCACGUGUUAUUUCAUAGUUUUGAUAUCUUCACUAUUAUUUUACAAUGUGAAAAAUAAGAAAAAGAAAGAAAAACCCUUGAAUGAGUAGGUGUGUCCAAACUCUUGACUGGUAGUGUAUGUAAUGUAUUGUCAUAAAGUGUAGUGAUGGACGUUCCAUGUCUUUUCCGUAAGCCGGAUCUUUUGGCUCUUUUCACCAAAAUGAGCACUUCAUUUGGCUCCCAAACGGCUCUUCAUUCAGUAGUGCUUAAAAAAUGUAUGAAAAUGUAUAGCAAAUGUGUAAUGUAAAGCCUAAAAGGUUGCCCAUCAUUAUGUCAGAUCGUGAAAUGUGUGUUCAAAUACAUUUUACCUAACGAAAUUAGAUCGCUUGCAAAAAAAAGUACUAUAAUUUUAACGCACUGCAAAAAUUGAGUGUGGACAAGAUUGAGGCUCUCUCCUCACUACUUAUUAUUCCUGCAGUGAGGAAUUACCAUCUUCAGAGAAUGUUUUUAUAACUUAUAGAUAAUCGUUGUGUGGAGCUCAAAAAGCAGUAGUAACAGUAUUCAAAUCAGGGAACCAAAUGAACAGCUCUUCACAAAUAUAUGAUUCGGUUCCCGACGUUCACCAAAAAGAUCUGUUCAAAAAUAGCAGUUCAAUCGCGAACGACUCAUCACUAAUAGAGAGUUGAAUUUUCAAGGCUAAUAAGACUGGUGGAACCGUUCAUAUAGGGUUCUAGGAAGAACCCUUCAAAGAUAAAAGGGUUCUUGGUAGAACCAUUUAUGGAGGGUUCUACCUAGCACCAAAAAGGGUUCCCUUAUGGAGACAAGCCGAAGAACCCUAUAUUGUUCUAAUAAGCACCUUUUUUUCUCAGUGUACAUCUCCUGUGAUUCACCAGGGGUUUAAUCAUUAGUCCAAACAGUUGUGUUUGCUUUGUUAUGUUUUGCAACUAAAACAAGAGUUUCUAUUGGACAAAUUCAGGUAGGUCCCUCCCCGUUUCGUUCCGUUUGCUUCCGUUUAAGAUAUGUUUUGCAACCGAAUCGGCGUAAUAAAUACACCCCUGGAUGCAAUGGCACUAUACAACUACUUCUAUUCAGUUGUCUCUCUGUAGUAUCUAGAAUACAGUAUCUAACGUGCUCUAAAACUAAAAUGAGCAACAGUCGUCAAAAUGGAUAAAAGGUCAAAAAUAAAGUUCUGAUAAAUGUAACAGAUGCAUAAUGGAGUAAGACACUCAACUCAUUUUGAAUAAAACAAAUCCUUCAAAUAUCGACUGUAUUAUAGCACAUAAACAAUUGUAUAAUGAGAGCAAAUCUAUGGAAUCGAGACAUUUGUGGGAUUUCAAUGAUUCAAUUGAAUGUCAAAUGUAAUUGUUUCUUCUUUGAAAUUAUACAAAUGUUUUUAAACCACAUAUGGCCCUUUUAUAUGUUUUGCUAUUAUAUUGAUAGAAUAAUGAAGUUUGAAAAUAACUAAUUUCAAUAUACUGUACAUACAGUGCCUUCAUAAAGUAUUUGUAUUUGUAUUUAUUAGGGAUCCCCAUUGGCUGCUGCCAAGACAGCAGCUACUCUUCCUGGGGUCCAAACACAUUAAGGCACUUACAUCACACAUAAAACAAAAGAUAAAACAGCACAUCAUUUAACAUUAUUACACCACUACAUAUCUACAAUACAAAAUGUAUAAUACCACCAUACAACAUUACAAUGUACGUGUGUAGAGUGUGUGUGCUAGCGUGUGUGUGUGUAUGUGUGUGUCUGUUCCUGUGUGUGUCUCUCUCUUCACAGUCCCCGCUGUUCCAUAAGGUGUAUUUUUAACUGUUUUUUAAAUCUGAUUCUAUUGCUUGCAUCAGUUACCUGAUGUGGAAUAGAGUACAGUGGGGAAAAAAAGUAUUUAGUCAGCCACCAAUUAUGCAAGUUCUCCCACUUAAAAAGAUGAGAGAGGCCUGUAAAUUUCAUCAUAGGUACACGUCAACAGACAAAUUGAGAAAAAAAAUCCAGAAAAUCACAUUGUAGGAUUUUUUAUGAAUUUAUUUGCAAAUUUGGUCACCUACAAAAAAGCAAGAUUUCUGGCUCUCACAGACCUGUAACUUCUUCUUUAAGAGGCUCCUCUGUCCUCCACUCGUUACCUGUAUUAAUGGCACCUGUUUGAACUUGUUAUCAGUAUAAAAGACACCUGUCCACAACCUCAAACAGUCACACUCCAAACUCCACUAUGGCCAAGACCAAAGAGCUGUCAAAGGACACCAGAAACAAAAUUGUAGACCUGCACCAGGCUGGGAAGACUGAAUCUGCAAUAGGUAAGCAGCUUGGUUUGAAUAAAUCAACUGUGGGAGCAAUUAUUAGGAAAUGGAAGACAUACAAGACCACUGAUAAUCUCCCUCGAUCUGGGGCUCCACGCAAGAUCUCACCCUGUGGGGUCAAAAUGAUCACAAGAACAGUUAGCGAAAAUUCCAGAACCACAUGGGGGGACCUAGUGAAUGACCUGCAGAGAGCUGGGACCAAAGUAACAAAGCCUACCAUCAGUAUCACACUACGCCGCCAGGGACUCAAAUCCUGCAGUGCCAGACGUGUCCCCAUGCUUAAGCCAGUACAUGUCCAGGCCAGUCUGAAGUUUGCUAGAGUGCAUUUGGAUGAUCCAGAAGAGGAUUGGGAGAAUGUCAUAUGGUCAGAUGAAACCAAAAUAUAACUUUUUGGUAAAAACUCAACUCGUCGUGUUUGGAGGACAAAGAAUGUUGAGUUGCAUCCAAAGAACACCAUACCUACUGUGAAGCAUGGGGGUGGAAACAUCAUGCUUUGGGGCUGUUUUUCUGCAAAGGGACCAGGACGACUGAUCCGUGUAAAGGAAAUAAUGAAUGGGGCCAUGUAUCGUGAGAUUUUGAGUGAAAACCUCCUUCCAUCAGCAAGGGCAUUGAAGAUGAAACGUGGCUGGGUCUUUCAGCAUGAAACACACCGCCCGGGCAACGAAGGAGUGGCUUCGUAAAAAGCAUUUCAAGGUCCUGGAGUGGCCUAGCCAGUCUCCAGAUCUCAACUCCAUAGAAAAUCUUUGGAGGGAGUUGAAAGUCUGUGUUGCCCAGCGACAGCCCCAAAACAUCACUGCUCUAGAGGAGAUCUGCAUGGAGGAAUGGGCCAAAAUACCAGCAACAGUGUGUGAAAACCUUGUGAAGACUUACAGAAAACGUUUGACCUGUGUCAUUGCCAACAAAGGGUAUAUAACAAAGUAUUGAGAAACUUUUGUUAUUGACCAAAUACUUAUUUUCCACCAUAAUUUGCAAAUUAAUUAAUUAAAAAUCCUACAAUGUGAUUUUCUGGAUUUUUUUUCCUCAUUUUGUCUGUCAUAGUUGACGUGUACCUAUGAUGAAAAUUACAGGCCUCUCUCAUAUUUUUAAGUGGGAGAACUUGCACAAUUGGUGGUUGACUAAAUACUUUUUUUCCCCCACUGUACUUGCAGUGCAUAGGCUACUCCAUUCAACUUGUAUCCUUCCCCAUUUCCAAAGAGCGCCUCUUGUCCGGUUAACAAAUACACGCCAAACAUAUUCAAGUUAUUCACUCAUAUAACACCAUAUCAACGGUAGGGCCUAGGCUAUAUCUUUGCUUAUUGAUAACGUGCCUCACACAUACAAUACAAUUUACAGGAGCGUAGCAUUUUUUAUUUGAGCAGAAGUGCGGUGCAUAUAAUCAUUGAAGCCAAUGACAACAAUGUUGACUGUCAACACUCCAAACAUAUUGAGCAAACACUAAUGUUGUUUUUCACUGUUGCUAUUACUGGUUACUGCAAUAAUUGACAUAGCUAUUUUCUACCAAUUGAGGUACUCAAAGCACUUUAUAUAGUAGAGGGAAACUCACCUCAUCCACCACCAAUGUGUAGCACCCACCUAGAUGAUGCACAGCAACCAUUUUUGUGCCAGAACACUCACCACACAUCAGUUUAGAAGUUAUAUAUGCCAAUUAGGAAUGAGGGGGAUGAUUAGGUGGCCAUGAUGGAAUAGGGCCAGGUUGGGAAUUCAGCCAUGACACCAUCUCUACUCUUACAAUAAGUGCCAUGGGAUUUUUAAAUGACCACAAAGAGUCAGGACACCCGUUUAAUGUAACAUCUGAAAGACAGCUCCCUACGCAGGGCAAUGUCCACUUCACUACCCUGGGCAUUGAGAUUUCCUUAGACCAGAGGGAAGAAUGCCCCAUACUGGCCCUCCAACACCAGAUCCAGCAGCAUCUGGUCUCCCAUCCAGGGACUGACCCAGAUCAACCCUGCUUAGCUUCAGAGGCAAGCCAGCAGUGGGAUGCAGGGUGGUAUGCUGCUAUUUAAUAAACUGUAUCAAUCCACAAUGGACUAGGAAGAGACUAUUCCGUGCCCUCAGCCGAAUUAAGACAACGCAAAGACCGUCAAUAACCUACAGAACUUGAGACAACGGCAUGCAGUAUUAAGCCGUGAAACACAUUGAUUGGCCAGUGAGUUUCUAAGCCCUCUUCACACCUAUAAUUAAUUUUGCACCACCGCCAGCUAUUGCACUCAAUUCCCGCAUGUGAAAAUAGCUAAAAUAUUUUUGAUACACCUCCGGACCUAUAGCCCUACUGCCAGCGCUAAGAUUUAUCAUUGCGCUAGGUUUGUAAAAAUAGAACCCCUAUAGCCCAUGUCUACGAUUUCCAACAAUACCCCCAUCCUUUUGAGGCAUAGUUUCACACUUCUCCACGAUAGUAAAGCUCAAGAGAAAAGGUGGUUUGCACAGGUAAUCGUAUGAAUAUUGUCCGUUUCUAUUUUGAAAUCUAUCGGUGACGUGACAAUUAGUUGACAAAUGGAUUAUCCACUUCUCAAACAAAACCAAAUGAAAGCUGAACUGAGCUGUAUUCUCAGGUGGGCGUGGCUUGAGCCUUGCUACUGAAAUGACAUAACCUACAAAUAAAACCAGCUCUUCCAAAAUAAAAAUAUUUAGCCAGGUAAGUCUUUGAGAACAAAUUCUCUUUUUCAAUGCCGAUCUGGUAAAAUGCAUAAUAACUGCACAUCCCACAGUGUUUUAUGAAAGACCUACAAUCCAUGCAUGGUAAAUGAAAGGGGCAUGUUACUGUAUGAAAAGGGCCCUAAUUACCCCCAAUGUCCCACCCAGCCUGCAGAUCGGCCAACAUCGACCUGGUCCUCCUCAUCGAUGGCUCAAAAAGUGUGCGUCCUCAGAACUUUGAGCUGGUCAAGCAGUUUGUCAACCAGGUGGUGGACUCCCUGGAUGUGUCGGCCCAUGGGACACGAGUGGGCCUAGUGCAGUACUCCAGCCGCGUGCGAACCGAGUUCGCCCUCAAAAUGUACCAGAAGGCGGAUGACAUCAAGAAGGCGGUGAUGAACGUGGAGUACAUGGAGAAGGGCACCAUGACGGGCCUGGCCCUCAAGCACAUGGUGGAGAACAGCUUCUCGGAGGCAGAGGGUGCCCGCAAGAACAUCCCUCGUGUGGGCCUGGUCUUCACUGACGGCCGCUCUCAGGACGACAUCACCGAGUGGGCCAAGAAGGCCAAAGAAGCAGGUAGGUGACAAGGGGGCUGAGAUAUUUAAUUGCCUGGUGUAUUAUAAAGCGCCUGCAGUAAUGUUUACAUAAGGCCAAGAGAAUGACAAAGAUUGCAUAUAGCAUGAUUAGGAAAUAUGGAAUCAAUUGGUUCAUACAUGAAAACAGUUUAAUAACUUUUUCUUUAAAGCAUACUACUUACUACAGUGGGGAGAACAAGUAUUUGAUACACUGCCGAUUUUGCAGGUUUUCCUACUUACAAAGCAUGUAGAGGUCUGUAAUUUUUAUCAUAGGAACACUUCAACUGUGAGAGACGGAAUCUAAAACAAAAAUCCAGAAAAUCACAUUGUAUGUUUUUUAAGUAAUUCAUUUGCAUUUUAUUGCAUGACAUAAGUAUUUGAUACAUCAGAAAAGCAGAACUUAAUAUUUGGUACAGAAACCUUUGUUUGCAAUUACAGAGAUCAUACGUUUCCUGUAGGUCUUGACCAGGUUUGCACACACUGCAGCAGGGAUUUUGGCCCACUCCUCCAUACCUUCUCCAGAUCCUUCAGGUUUCGGGGCUGUCGCUGGGCAAUACAGACUUUCAGCUAUUGGGUUCAGGUCUGGAGACUGGCUAGGCCACUCCAGGACCUUGAGAUGCUUCUUAUGGAGCCACUCCUUAGUUGCCCUGGCUGUGUGUUUCGGGUCGUUGUCAUGCUGGAAGACCAAGCCACGACCCAUCUUCAAUGCUCUUACUGAGGGAAGGAGGUUGUUGGCCAAGAUCUCACGAUACAUGGCCCCAUCCAUCCUCCCCUCAAUACGGUGCAGUCAUCCUGUCCCCUUUGCAGAAAAGCAUCCCCAAAGAAUGAUGUUUCCACCUCCAUGCUUCACGGUUGGGAUGGUGUUCUUGGGGUUGUACUCAUUCUUCUUCUUCCUCCAAACACGGUGAGUAGAGUUUAGACCAAAAAGCUAUAUUUUUGUCUCAUCAGACCACAUUACCUUCUCCCAUUACUCCUCUGGAUCAUCCAGAUGGUAAUUAGCAAACUUCAGACGGGCCUGGACAUGCGCUGGCUUGAGCAGGGGGACAUUGCGUGCGCUGCAGGAUUUUCUUUGAGACUGUGGUCCUAGCUCUCUUCAGGUCAUUGACCAGGUCCUGCCGUGUAGUUCUGGGCUGAUCCCUCACCUUCCUCAUGAUCAUUGAUGCCCCUCGAGGUGAGAUCUUGCAUGGAGCCCUAGACCGAGGGUGAUUGACCGUCAUCUUGAACUUCUUCCAUUUUCUAAUAAUUGCGCCAACAGUUGUUGCCUUCUCACCAAGCUGCUUGCCUAUUGUCCUGUAGCCCAUCCCAGCCUUGUGCAGGUCUACAAUUUUAUUAUUGAUGUCCUUACACAGCUCUCUGGUCUUGGCCAUUGUGGAGAGGUUGGAGUCUGUUUGAUUGAGUGUGUGGACAGGUGUCUUUUAUACAGGUAACGAGUUCAAACAGGUGCAGUUAAUACAGGUAAUGAGUGGAGAACAGGAGGGCUUCUUAAAAAAAAACUAACAGGUCUGUGAGAGCCGGAAUUCUUAUUGGAUGAUAGAUGAUCAAAUACUUAUGUCAUGCAAUAAAAUGCAAAUUAAUUACUUAAAAAUGAUACAAUGUGAUUAUCUGGAUUUUUGUUUUAGAUUCUGUCUCUCACAGUUGAAGUGUACCUAUGAUAAAAAUGACACACCACUACGUGCUUUGUAAGUAAGAAAACCUGCAAAAUCGGCAGUGUAUCAAAUACUUGUUCUCCCCACUGUACUUACAGACAAAUGGGCUGCCAUUUGCUACUUUGGUGUGUGACUGCCUGUUUCAACAAAACAGUUCUUGCAAUCAAAUACAAUUUAGGACUUCCUCCAACAUUCUAGUGAUAUAUUGUAUUGUCCUCUGUGCCAGGAAUCACCAUGUAUGCUGUUGGCGUUGGGAAGGCCGUCGAGGAUGAGCUACAUGAGAUUGCCUCAGAGCCACUAGACAAGCACUUCUUCUAUACCACUGACUUCACUUUCAUCAACCAGAUAGCAGAGAACCUCAAGCUCAAUGUCUGUGCAGGUACUUAUUUCUAUGAUCAAAGCAAAUCACAACACAUCAGAACAUGUUAUUUUAGAACACUAUCUACAGUCAGGCAAUGUGUGUGUGUGUGUGUGUGUGUGUGUGUGUGUGUGUGUGUGUGUGUGUGUGUGUGUGUGUUGGUGUUAGUGUUUGUGUGUGUGUUUUGUUCCCCACAAAGAUAGUAAAACAAACGUGUGUUUGUGUGUGUGUGUGUUUCAGAGGAGAGCCAGGGAGAGAUUGAGGUGAAAGACCCAUGUGCCUGUGAGAGUCUGGUUGAGUUCCAGCAAGCAACAAUGUCCACUCUGGAGCAGCUGAAAACAAAACAUAUCCUUCUAUAUAUUGCACCUGUUCAUUAAAGGUGCACUUUGUAGCUUGUCUUUUCCCUGUUGUAGCAUGACCAAUUACUGUAUAUGCGACUCAUUUCAGGAAACUAGGCGUAUGUUUCACGUCACUACUUCACAGAAGCGGUAUUUGAACCUAAACAUCGUAUUUACAAAUGCCUUCCGGAACAUGUGAACUUUCAUGUGCCUUAAUAACAUACUUGUAUGCCAUCUGUAAAUACGAAUACAAUUGUUAAAUUACUAGCCUAGUUGGUUUAGCCACGGAAAAAGAGGAACCUUCCCGCUAGCCAUAAUUGGCUGAGAUAAUGGAUGGGCUGGACAUGCCGAGAGAUGAGUUCGGAUUGGUCUUCCAUGUAGCAUGCGCUGUUCAGUAUGUGUAGGUAAUCCUUUCUACUGUGGCUUUUUGUGAAAAUAUCAUGAAGAACUGUAAAAGUGUUGCGAAUGCCCUCCACUUUCUGGAGGACUAUCGUGCCAUGCUGACUCUAAAAAUGAAUCAGACCAUGAGAAAAUCCCUGAUUUACUUAAGUUACACGUGGUCUGCCACUGCGAGGACAAUCAGCUGUCCAUCCUGUCUCCCUGUAGCGCUGUCUUAGGCAUCUCACAGUACGGUCAUUGCAAUUUAUUGCCCUGGCCACAUCUGCAGUCCUCAUGCCUCCUUGCAGCAUGCCUAAGGCAAGUUCACGCAGAUGAGCAGGGACCCUGGGCAUCUUUCUUUUGGUGUUUUUCAUUGUGAGUAGAAAGGCCUCUUUAGUGUCCUAUGUUUUCAUAACUGUGACCUUAAUUGCCUAUCGUCUGUAAGCUGUUAGUGUCUUAACGACCGUUCCACAGGUGCAUGUUCAUUAAUUGUUUAUGGUUCAUUGAACAAGCAUAUAUAUACACACACACACACACACACGUAUGUAUAUACGUAUAUACGUAUAUACAUAUACACAUACACACACACAUACACAUACACAUACACAUACACAUACAUAUACACAUACACAUACACACACGUAUGUACAUAUAUACAUACAUAUACACAUUCACAUGUACAUACACACACACACACACACACACACACAUACAUACAUAUACACACAUACAUAUACACAUACAGUGGGAAGAACAAGUAUUUGAUACACUGCCGAUUUUGCAGGUUUUCCUACUUACAAAGCAUGUAGAGGUCUGUCAUUUUUAUCAUAGGUACACUUAAACUGUGAGAGACGGAAUCUAAAACAAAAAUCCAGAAAACCACAUUGUAUGAUUUUUAAGUAAUUAAUUUGCAUUUUAUUGCAUGACAUAAGUAUUUGAUACAUCAGAAAAGCAGAACUUAAUAUUUGGUACAGAAACCUUUGAUUGCAAUUACAGAGAUCAUACGUUUCCUGUAGGUCUUGACCAGGUUUGCACACACUGCAGCAGGGAUUUUGGCCCACUCCUCCAUACAGACCUUCUCCAGAUCCUUCAGGUUUCGGGGCUGUCGCUGGGCAAUACGGAGUUUCAGCUCCCUCCAAAGAUGUUCUAUUGGGUUCAGGUCUGGAGACUGGCUAGGCCACUCCAGGACCUUGAGAUGCUUCUUACAGAGCCACUCCUUAGUUGCCCUGGCUGUGUGUUUCGGGUCGUUGUCAUGCUGGAAGACCAAGCCACGACCCAUCUUCAAUGCUCUUACUGAGGGAAGGAGGUUGUUGGCCAAGAUCUCGCGAUACAUGGCCCCAUCCAUCCUCCCCUCAAUACGGUGCAGUCGUCCUGUCCCCUUUGCAGAAAAGCAUCCCCAAAGAAUGAUGUUUCCACCUCCAUGCUUCACGGUUGGAAUGGUGUUCUUGGGGUUGUACUCAUCCUUCUUCUUCCUCCAAACACGGCGAGUGGAGUUUAGACCGAAAAGCUCUAUUUCUGUCUCAUCAGACCACAUGACCUUCUCCCAUUCCUCCUCUGGAUCAUCCAGAUGUUCAUUGGCAAACUUCAGAUGGGCCUGGACAUGCGCUGGCUUGAGCAGGGGGACCUUGCGUGCGCUGCAGAAUUGUAAUCCAUGACGGCAUAGUGUGUUACUAAUGGUUUUCUUUGAGACUGUGGUCCCAGCUCUCUUCAGGUCAUUGACCAGGUCCUGCCGUGUAGUUCUGGGCUGAUCCCUCACCUUCCUCAUGAUCAUUGAUGCCCCAUGAGGUGAGAUCUUGCAUGGAGCCCCAGACCAAGGGUGAUUGACCAUCAUCUUGAAUUUCUUCCAAUUUCUAAUAAUUGCGCCAACAGUUGUUGCCUUCUCACCAAGCUGCUUGCCUAUUGUCCUGUAGCCCAUCCCAGCCUUGUGCAGGUCUACAAUUUUAUCCCUGUAGGAGUCUGUUUGAUUGAGUGUGUGGACAGAUGUCUUUUAUAAAGGUAACGAGUUCAAACAGGUGCAGUUAAUACAGGUAAUGAGUGGAGAACAGGAGGGCUUCUUAAAGAAAAACUAACAGGUCUGUGAGAGCCGGAAUUCUUAUUGGAUGAUAGAUGAUCAAAUACUUAUGUCAUGCAAUAAAAUGCAAAUUAAUUACUUAAAAAUGAUACAAUGUGAUUUUCUGGAUUUUUGUUUUAGAUUCUGUCUCUCACAGUUGAAGUGUACCUAUGAUAAAAAUUACAGACCUCUACAUGCUUUGUAAGUAGGAAAACCUGCAAAAUCGGCAGUGUAUCAAAUACUUGUUCUCCCCACUGUACAUAUACAUACACACACAUACACAGCCUUCAGAAAGUAUACACACAAUACCCCAUAAUGACAAAGCAAAAAUAGGUGUUUUGAUUUUUUUGCAAAUUUAUAACAAAUAAAAAACUGAAAUAUCACAUUUACAUGAGUAUUCAGACCCUUUACUUUGCUGAAACACCUUUCGGAAGCGAUUACAGCCUUCCUCCACAGAGGAACUCUGGAGCUCUGUCAGAGUGACCAGCGGGUUCUUUGUUCACCUCCCUGACCAAGGCCCUUCUUCCCCGAUUGCUCAGUUUGACCAGGCAGCCAGCUCUAGGAAGAGUAAUGGUGGAUAUAGACUUAUUCCAUUUAAAAAUGAUGAGGCUACUGUGUUCUUGAGGACCUUCAGUUCGGUAGAAAAACCUGGUUUUCGCUUUGUCAUUAUGGGGUAUUGUGUGUAGAUUAAUGAGGAAUUUGUUUUAUUUAAUCCAUUUAAUCCAAAAUGUGGAAAAAGUCAAGGUAUCUGAAUACUUUCCGAAUGCACUGUAUAUACAGUACCAGUCAAAGUUGACACACCUACUCAUUCAAAGGUUUUUCUUUAUUUUUACUAUUUUGUACACUGUAGAAUAAUAGCGGGAGUAUACGUGACAAUUAGCUUUAAUAUUGCAGAUAGAAUGUGGCUUCCAACUUGAACAAACUUUCAAAGUUUUUGAAAUGUUCCGUAUUGACUGACCUUCAUGUCUUAAAGUAAUGAUGGACUGUCGUUUCUCUUUGCUUAUUUGAGCUGUUCUUGUCAUAAUAUGGACUGGGUCUUUUACCAAAUAGGGCUAUCUUCUGUAUACCAUCCUACCUUUUCACAACACAACUGAUUGGCUUAACACUUUUUUGGUUACUACAUGAUUCCAUGUAUGUUAUUUCAAAGUUUUGAUGUCUUCACUUAUAUUCUAAAUGUUGGAACAUUGUUACGGGGACUUGCUUUAAUUUAGCAACAAGAGCAUUAGUGAGGUCGGGCACAGACGUUGGGCAAUUACGCCUGGCUCGCAGUCAGCAUUCCAAUUCAUCCCAAAGGUGUUCGAUGGGGUUGAGGUCAGGGCUCUGUGCAGGCCAGUCAAGUUCUUCCACACCAAUUUCAACGAACAUCUUCUGUACGGACCUCACUUUGUGCACGGGGCAUUGUCAUGCUGAAACAGGAAAGAGCCUUCCCCAAACUGUUGCCACAAAGUUGGAAGCACUGAAUCGUCUAGAAUGUCGUAGUGCUGUAGUAUUAAGAUGUCACUUCACUGGAACUAAGGGGCCUAGCCCGAAUCAUGAAAAAAAAAAACAGCCCCAGACCAUUAUUCAUCCUCCACCAAACUUUACAGUUGGCACUAUGCAUUGGGACAGGUAGCGUUCUCCUGGCAUCUGCCAAACCCAGAUUCGUCCGUCGGACUGCCAGAAGGUGAAGCGUGAUUCAUCACUCAAGACAACGCGUUUCCACUGCUCCAGAGUCCAAUUGCGGCAAGCUUUACACCACUCCAGCCGACGCUUGACAUUGCGCAUGUUGAUCUUAGGCUUGUGUGCGGCUGCUCGGCCAUGGAAAUCUUUUUCAUGAAGCUCCCGACUAACAGUUCUUGUGCUGGCGCUGCUUCCAGAGGCAGUUCGGAACUCGGUAGUGAGUGUUGCAACAGACGAUUUUUAGACUCUACACGCUUCAGCAUUCAGCGGUCCCAUUCUGUGAGCUUGUGUGGCCUACCAAUUCGCGGCUGAGCUGUUAUUGCUCCUUGACGUUGCCACUUCACAAUAACAGCACUUAUAGUUGACCGGGGCAGCUCUAGCAGGGCAUAAAUUUGAACAACUAACUUAUUGGAAAGGUGGCAUUCUGUGUCGGUGACACGUUGAAAGUCACUGAGCUCUUCAGUAAGGCCAUUCUACUGCCAUUGUUAACUAUGGAGAUUGCAUGGCUGUUUGAUCAAUUUUAUACACCUGUCAGCAACGGGUGUGUCUGAAAUGUCUACAUACUUACAGUUGAAGUCGGAAGUUUACAUACAGGGAUGUAGCUCAGUUGAUAGAGCAUGGCGUUUGCAACACCAGGGUUGUGGGUUCGAUUCCCACGGGGGGCCAGUAUAAAAAGAUAUGUAUUCACUAACUGUAAGUCGCUCUGGAUAAGAGCGUCUGCUAAAUGACUAAAAAUGUUUUUAAAAAAAAUACACCUUAGCCAAAUACAUUUAAACUCAGUUUUCACAAUUCCUGACAUUUAAUCCUAGAAAACAAUCCCUGUCUUAGGUAAGUUAGGAUCACCACUUUAUUUUAAGAAUGUGAAAUGUCAGAAUGAUAGUAGUUUUUCAGCUUUUAUUUCUUUCAUCACAUUCCCAGUGGGUCAGAAGUUUACAUACGCUCAAUUAGUAUUUGCCUUUAAAUUGUUAAACUUGGGUCAAACGUUACGGGUAGCCUUCCACAAGCUUCCCACAAUAAAUUUGGUGAAUUUUGGCCCAUUCCUCCUGACAGAGCUGGUGUAACUGAGUCAGGUUUGUAGGCCUCCUUGCCCGCAUACGCUUUUUCAGUUCUGCCCACAAAUUUUCUAUAGGAUUAAGGUCAGGGCUUUGUGAUGGCCACUCCAAUACAUUGACUUUGUUGUCCUUAAUUCAUUUUGCCACAACUUUGGAAGUAUGCUUGGGGUCAUUGUCCAUUUGGAAGACCCAUUUGCGACCAAGCUUUAACUUCCUCACUGAUGUAUUGAGAUGUUGCUUCAAUAUAUUCACAUAAUUUUCCUUCCUCAUGAUGCCAUCUAUUUUGUGAAGUGCAUCAGUCCCUCCUGCAGCAAAGCACCCCCACAGCAUGAUGCUGCCACUCCCGUGCUUCACGGUUGGGAUGGUGUUCUUCGGGCUUGCAAGCCCCCCUUUUUACCUCCAAACAUAACGAUGGUCAUUAUAGCCAAACAGUUCUAUUUUUGUUUCAUCAGACCAGAGGACAUUUCUCAACAAAAAAACGAACUUUGUACCCAUGUGCAGUUGCAAACCGUAGUCUGGUUUUUUAUUGUGGUUUUGGAGCAGUGGCUUCUUCCUUGCUGAGCGGCCUUUCAGGUUAUGUCGAUAUAGGACUCGUUUUACUGUGGAUAUAGAUACUUUGUACCUGUUGUUUCCUCAAGCAUCUUCACAAGAUCCUUUGCUGUUGUUCUGGGAUUGAUUUGCACUUUUCGCAUCAAAGUACGUUCAUCUCUAGGAGACAGAACCCGUCUCCUUCCUGAGCGGUAUGACAGCUGCGUGGUCCCAUGGUGUUUAUACUUGCGUACUAUUGUUUGUACAGAUGAACGUGGUACCUUCAGGCAUUUGGAAAUUGCUCCCAAGGAUGAACCAGACUUGUGGAGGUCUACAAUUUAUUUGCUGAGGUCUUGGCUGAUUUAUUUUGAUUUUCCCAUGAUGUCAAGCAAAGAGGCACUGAGUUUGAAGGUAGGCCUUGAAAUACAUCCACAGGUACAACACCAAUUGACUCAAAUUAUGUCAAUUAGCCUAUCAGAAGCUUGUAAAGCCAUGACAUCAUUUUCUGGAAUUUUCCAAGCUGUUUAAAGGCAGAGUCAACUUAGUGUAUGUAAACAUCUGACCCACUGGAAUUGUGAUACAGUGAAUUUGAAUCUGUCUGUGAACAAUUGUUGGAAAAAUGACUUGUGUCAUGCACAAAGUAGAUGUCCUAACCGACUUGCCAAAACUAUAGUCUGUUAACAAGAAAUGUGUGGUUGAAAAACGAGUUUUAAUGACUCAAGUGUAUGUAAACUUCCGACUUCAACUGUAUACAGUACCAGCCAAAAGUUUGGACACACCUACUCAUUCAACGGUUUUUCUUUAUUUUUACUAUUUUCUACAUUGUAGAAUAAUAGUGAAUACAUCCAAACUAUGAAAUAACAGAUAUGGAAUCAUGUAGUAACCAAAACAAGUGUUAAACAAAUAUAUUUUAUAUUUGAUAUUCUUCAAAGUAGCCACCCUUUGCUGAAUUGACAGUUUUGCACACUCUUGGCAUUCUCUCAACCAGCUUCAUGAGGUUGUCACCUGGAAUGCAUUUCAAUGAACUGAUGUGCCUUGUUAAAAGUGAACUUGUGGAAUUUCUUUCCUCCUUAAUGCAGUUGAGCCAAUCAAUGUGUUAUGACAAGGUAGGGGUGGGUACCUAUUUGGUAAAAGACCAAGUCCAUAUUAUGGCAAGAAAAGCUCAAAUAAGCAAAGAGAAACUACUGUCCAUCAUUAUUUUAAGACUUGAAGGUCAGUCAACACGGAAAAUGUCAAGAACUUUUCAAGUUUCUUCAAGUGCAGUCAGAAAAACCAUCAAGCGCUAUGAUGAAACUGGCUCUCAUGAGGACCGCCACAGGAAAGGAAGACCCAGAGUUACCUCUGCUUCAGAGGAUAAGUUAAUUAGAGGUACCAGCCCCAGAAAUUUUAGCCCAAAUAAAUGCUUCACAUAGUUCAAGAAACAGACACAUCUCAACAUCAACUGUUCUGACGAGAUUGCGUGAAUCAGGCCUUCAUGGUCAAAUUGCUGCAAAGAAACCACUACUAAAGGACACCAAUAAGAAGAAGAGACUUGCUUGGGCAAAGAAACACGAGCAACGGACAUUAGACCGGUGGAAAUCUGUCUUUUGGUCUGAUGAGUCCAAAUUAGAGAUUUUUGGUUCCAACUGCCGUGUCUUUGUGAGACGCAGAGUAGGUGAACGGAUGAUUUCUGCAUGUGUGGUUCCCACCGUGAAGCAUGGAGGCGGUGUGAUGGUGUGGGGGUGCUUUGCUGGUGACACUGUCUGUGAUUUAUGUAUUAUUCAAGGCACACUUAACCAGCAUGGCUACCACAGCAUUCAGCAGCAAUACGCCAGCCCAUCUGAUUCGCGCUUAGUGGGACUAUCAUUUGUUUUCCAACAGGACAAUGACCGACCACCUCCAGGGUGUGUAAGGGCUAUUUGAACAAGAAGGAGAGUGAUGGAGUACUGUAUCAGACGACCUCCACAAUCACCCGACCUUAACCCAAUUGAGAUGGUUUGGGAUGAGUUGGAACGCAAAGUGAAGGAAAAUCUAUCUAUCUAUCUAUCUAUCUAUCUAUCUAUCUAUCUAUCUAUCUAUCUAUCUAUCUAUCUAUCUAUCUAUCUAUCUAUCUAUCUAUCUAUCUAUCUAUCUAUCUAUCUAUCUAUCUAUCUAUCUAUCUAUCUAUCUAUCUAUCUAUCUAUCUAUCUAUCUAUCUAUCUAUCUAUCUAUCUAUCUAUCUAUCUAUCUAUCUAUCUAUCUAUCUAUCUAUCUAUCUAUCUAUCUAUCUAUCUAUCUAUCUAUCUAGCUAUCUAUCUAUCUAUCUAUCUAGACCUCCACAAGUCUGGUUCAUCUUUGGGAGCAAUUUCCAAACGCCUGAAGGUACCACGUUCAUCUGUACAAACAAUAUUACGCAAGUAUAAACACCAUAGGACCACACAGCUGUCAUACCGCUCAGGAAGGAGACGCGUUCUGUCUCCUAGAGAUUAAUGUACUUUGGUGCGAAAAGUGCAAAUCAAUCCCAGAACAACAGCAAAGGACCUUGUGAAGAUGCUGGAGGAAACAGGUACAAAAGUAUCUAUAUCCACGGUAAAACGGUCAUGUCCUAUAUCGACAUGACCUGAAAGGCCGCUCAGCAAGGAAGAAGCCACUGCUCCAAAACUGCCAUAAAAAAGCCAGACUACGGUUUGCAACUGCACAAUGGGACAAAGAUCGUACUUUUUGGAGAAAUGUCCUCUCGUCUGAUGAAACAAAAAUAGAACUGUUUGGCCAUAAUGAACAUUGUUAUGUUUGGAGGAAAAAGGCGGUCGCUUGCAAGCCGAAGAACACCAUCCCGGGGGUGGCAGCAUCAUGCUGUGGGGGUGCUUUGCUGCAGGAGGGACGGGUGCACUUCACAAAAUAGAUGGCAUCAUGAGGAAGGAAGAUUAGGUGGAUACAUCUCAAGACAUCAGUGAGGAAGUUAAAGCUUGGUCGCAAAUGGGUCUUCCAAAUGAACAAUGACCCCAAGCAUACUUCCAAAGUUGUGACAAAAUGGCUUAAGGACAACAAAGUCAAGGUAUUGGAGUGGCCAUCACAAAGCCCUGACCUCAAUCCUAUAGAACAUUUGUGGGCAGAACUGAAAAAACAUGUGCGAGCAAGGAGGCCUACAAACCUGACUCAGUUACAUCAGCUCUGUCAGGAGGAAUGGGCCAAAAUUCACCCAACGUAUUGUGGGAAGCUUGUGGAAGGCUACCCGAAACGUUUGACCCAAGUUAAACAAUUUAAAGGCAAUGCUACCAAAUACUAAUUGAGUGUAUUUCUGAAACACUGGGAAUGUGAUGAAAUAAAUAAAUCAUUCUCUCUACUAUUAUUAUGACAUUUCACAUUCUUAAAAUAAAGUGGUGAUCCUAUCUGAGGGGAAUUUUUACUAGGAUUAAAUGUCAGGAAUUGUGAAAAACUGAGUUUAAAUGUAUUUGGCUAAGGUGUAUGUAAACUUCCGACUUCAACUGUAUCUAUCUAUCUAUCUAUCUAUCUAUCUAUCUAUCUAUCUAUCUAUCUAUCUAUCUAUCUAUCUAUCUAUUUAUUAUUGUAUUUAUCAUUACCUUAGAUACUUUAUAAAUAUGCAUUUAAGUGAUAUAUUGUAGGCCCAAAUCCUAACGCCUAGGUGGGUGUGUGUGUGUGUGUGUAACUCAAGUUGUUGCACAGAUCUUCCGUUGACAUCAAUGCAUGAUUUAUACCAAAGUCCAAAUUUAGUGCACACAUUUCAAGUUAGGAUUCAGCCCAACAUCAAUCCCAUUCUACUACUACUACUGACCACAAUAUCAUUCAACUCAGCCCAAUGUUUUUCAUACAGCCCAUUUGACAAUAAAAUGGAAUGGAAUGAUGUGUUUAUUUCCUUAACCCAUUUCUACUGGUGGGUAUGACUGCACGAUUGGAGUAUAUGGAGGACCAGCUGCUGUCACGGAAAUGAGGGAUGUCAUCCAAGUAACCCAACAAGAAUGAGGAGAUGCAUUGAGUAUAGAAGAGUCUUCCUGUCAAGAAUGUAACAGUAAAAACACAGGUCCUGUCAAUAUUGAAUUUCCAUGAUGUAAAUGACCCAAAACAAUAUGUAAUGUAGAAUAUCUUAUUUCAGCGCAUGAAUGUUUACAUGCACUGGACUUAAGUCAUGUCAAGCACAUCCAUACUUAAUGUAGAGGUAAGCACAGGCAACUAGAAAGUACAGCCAUUGUUGAUAACUUAAAACUCCAAUAUCGAACUUUUUGGG